AUGUCUUUUUAUGCUGAAAGGGUGCAAAGGAAGCUGCAGUUCAUGUCUUCUAAGUGUAAACAGUGUGGCAAGUCUUUUAGCCAAGCAGGAUACGUAAGGGUUCAUGAAAGGAUUCACACAGGGGAAAAGCCUUAUGAAUGUAAACAUUGUGGCAAGUGUUUUAGUGAAGCAGGACACCUAAGGAGACAUGAAAGAGUUCACACUGGGGAAAAGCCUUAUGAAUGUAAACAGUGUGGCAAGUGUUUUAGCCAAGCAGGAGACCUAAGGAUUCAUGAAAGAGUUCACACUGGGCAAAAGCCUUAUGAAUGUAAACAGUGUGGCAAGUGUUUUAGCCAAGCAGGAUACCUAAGGGUUCAUGAAAGGAUUCACACUGGGGAAAAACCUUAUGAAUGUAAACAGUGUGGCAAGUGCUUUACAGACUUAUCAAGCCUAAGGCGUCAUAAAAGAGUUCACACCGGGGAAAAGCCUUGUGAAUGUAAACAGUGUGGCAAGUGUUUUAGCCAAGCAGGAGACCUAAGGGUUCAUGAAAGAGUUCACACUGGGGAAAAGCCUUUUGAAUGUAAACAGUGUGGCAAGUGUUUUAGCCAAGCAGGAUCCCUAAGGGUUCAUGAAAGAGUACACACUGGGGAAAAGCCUUUUGAAUGUAAACAGUGUGGCAAGUCUUUUAGCCAAGCAGGAUACCUAAGGGUUCAUGAAAGGAUUCACACUGGGGAAAAGCCUUAUGAAUGUAAACAGUGUGGCAAGUGUUUUAGCCUAGCAGGAUACCUAAGGGUUCAUGAAAGGAUUCACGCUAGGGAAAAGCCUUUUAAAUGUAAACAGUGUAGCAUGUGUUUUAGUCAAGCAGGACACCUAAGACGUCAUGAAAAAGUUCACACUGGGGAAAUGCCUUUUAAAUGUAAACAUUGUGGCAAGUGUUUUAGUCAUCUAAGAGUUUUUAAUAGGCAUGAAGAAGUCCACAUUAGAAAAAUGUUGCAGAAAUGUGACAGUAGCAAAGGUCCAUUUAAACGUGUGCUUCGUGAUAGUAAGAGAGCAGGAAGUAAUAUAAGGGCAGGAUUGACUAACAGCACACUGUCGCAGAGAAGGACUAGAAACAGUGGUAUAAAAAACCAGCAACUGGACUUUACUGAGAAACACAGCUGUUGGAUUUGUCAAGAGGAGACGAGAAGUGAAUCUCUUCUUCUUCAACAUUAUGAAAACCAUAUGAGGCAUGUAGCUGGAGAUGGCUUGUAAAAACUUCGGUCUUAAGCUUUUGUUAAGUCUUGUUUCUGUUUUUUGAGGUUUUGUCCUUUAAUUGUAAGAUGCUGUAAGGAUGACCUCGUUUGUUACUAAAUCAAUCGUUCCAGGGAAGAUUAAUCUGUUUUGUUUAAACAUUCAAGUUUUCUUUCUGUCCGGCGGGUUUGUAAGUAGAUAUUGAUAAGUACACAUUGCGUUUUCUGAAAAUGGACAGAGCAGUUCUUUGUUGAUCCGAUUUUUUAUGUAAAGAAAACCAAGGCAUUUAAUGCUGAAGGUCCCUUUUUCUACAGAUGUUCCCGCUGUGCAUUUUUAUAGUUCUAGCACUAAUUAAGAAAUAGCGUCUUCUUCCCUCUGCCUGGCUUCUGUGCAACAAAAAGAAGCCUCUGUACCAUAAGUGACCUACAAAUUCUCCAGACUGUUCUAUAUAUAUUUUCCUUGAGAAUUAGUUGGAAAAAUUUGAUACCAAAUCAAUACAUUUCCCCUUUAAUGAUGAUUUAACCAGUUCUCAUAAGCUUUUCCCUUGAUUAUGUACUAAUUUUGUCUGGAGAAGAUUUAUGUUGCUCACUCUUGUGACUUAAAGGGUUAUAUUAAUUUAAACCCAAUGGUUUUGUAUUAUUGUGCAUUUCCCUGGUCCCUCAAAUUUACAGUGUAACACCCUUAGGUCGUUCGGUGAAAUAAGAGUCGUGAACGUCACGCGAAGUUUCGAGUUAUUUAUUUGAACCGCCGCCUCGUUAGCUCAGUUGGGAGAGCGCCGGUCUGCCGAGCGGGAGGUCGCGGGUUCAAACCCCGGCCGGAACAACACUCGGGGUCUUUAAAUAACUGAGAAGAAAGUGCUGCCUUUGUAAUGACAUCUGAUCUGCAAAUGGUUAGACUUCUCGGAUAAGGACGAAAAACCGUAGGUCCCGUCUGACAGCACUUUCACUGAUCUGUUCAUAUGGGACGUAAAAGAACCCACACUACUGUUCGAAAAGAGUAGGGGACGUAGACCCCUGUGGUGUGGCCAACCUUUACGGGUUGUGGGAUUGGGUAGGGACGGCACCUUGCAUAGGACCUAUGAGUCCCGUUCGUGGCCAUUCCCUCUUGGCAGGCCUGUGUCCGGAAAAGCUAGUGAAACUAAAAAACUAUUUUUUCGGUGGCUUUCGUUUAGAUCCAACUAUACAACCUUUACUUUAUAUCCUGUAAGUUUCUCUAAAUUUAACUCGCUAAAACGGCAAUGAGGGAUCCAUUUUUUUCGAUUAAGUAACCCAGUCGCUUAGAAGGAUGACCUCCCUAUAAUAAUACAGAAAAAAACUCAGUUGCCCAAAAUUUAGGAUGGGGGAGGGAGGGGGGGACCGUCCCCUGGCCCGUACGCCUAUGUGUUCAUAUUAAAGCGAAGUUAUCCUUCUAAGUGAAUUUGUUCCUUUAAAAAAAACACCGGUCAGUAGGAAAUUUUCGUUUUUAGGCAAAGUCUUAUUGAGGUAUAUUUAUUCCCGACUUUUAAACGGCCUUAAAAGGUCAAAAAUUUUGAUCCCUGAUUCCAAAAUUGUUGCAAACCUUGAUCCCUGAUUAACUGUGCGUACUUGACAAAAACUGGAUGAAAUACUACAUAAAGCGUCUCUCAUUUUUUUUAUUUUAGUUACACUAGGGCCAUUUAUACGAGGAAAAAUAAGACUACCCGUAUAAACGGCACAUUAAGACGCGACUUAGCAAAGACGCGUCUUAUCGAAGAACAGGUGUUAGGGGCUGUUCUUAGGUAAGACGCGUCUUAGCUAAAUUUCAAGCGAAAUGUCGCGUUUAUAGGAGAUAGUUUGAGUCUUAUUUAGGACGCAUCCUAUGUGAGACUUGUCUUAUUUUUCCUCGUUUAAACGGCCCUAUUAGUUACUGACUGGAGAAUUAAGUUUGGCUCCCGUCUUUAUUUUCCAGUUAUUAUUUCUAUCAUAAUGCGUUCCUCUUUAGAGCUCUAAUAAUAAUAAUAUAUCGUUUUUUGGUCUGUUCGUGUCAUUUAAGCCUUCCUUUUAAAAUUUGAUGAAUUUCAUAUAACAACGGCAACUUAACAGCAACGACACAAGCAAAACGAAUUUUGAUGUAGUAUAAAACUCUAGGAUAACAAGCGUUUGCUCUAGCUAGCUUUGUUUCAGUCGCCGCCUAGCUAAGUUUAGGAGUGCCUCUAGUCAUACAUCACUAUCUGACCAUCAUACAUGUGUAGGUUUUGAUAAAGUCUAGUUGGGUUACCCUUCGGCAUAAUAUAGUGAACAGUGCCCUGAGGUUACUCCCCUAUAAAAUUAAAGUGAUGGUGUUGCUCGUCGAAAAAUUUCGAGAACACCCCUAAAAGGUACCAGAAUCUUGUUUUAUGGGCCUGUCCCACAUUCAUUUCCACCUCUAUAAGGUAACAAUUCAACAACAACAAAUUAUAUUACUGGCACUGCAAGUUUUAAUAGUAAUAAAGAUAACUUUCGAAUACUUUCUUCCCAAGCACUUUUUGAAAAUAUUGUUAAAAAUCUUUAUCCUAAUUAUAAUAAAGCAUAUUAUUUCCAACAAAAUUCUUAACAACUCUGGCAGCAGUCUUUAUAAGUUUUAGCACCGUAAAAAGGUACGACAAGCAUCCCCGUCAAUUUUAGAGGGGGGUACCCCCCUCCCAGGGGGAGCAGUGUACCAGCUCUCAGCGGAUCCAGUUAGCUUGAAUCUAAAAAAAGGGUGCCCUACAAUGGUGUAAAUGUGCGUAACGACGGUAUCAAUCCCAGAGCGAGAAUUUUUUUUCCAGAAUCCAUAUUGGGCAGUCAAAGACUUUGACCAAUUCCGGUAGGUCAGUCACCUUAGUGUAUAUCUCGAACAAAAGGAGGCAACAGGUCAACCAGCAGAGUCAGCAAUGUGCCAAUAAAGCAAUAAUGAUAAAUAUCUCUCAAUUUAAGGAAAGUACGAGGGUUUUGUAGUCCAGCUAGUCCAGCAGAUCGGAUUGCAUGCGGUUUGGUACCGGAUUGAAAUUUUUCAACGUUAAACUUCUACAGAACUGAAUUUUAAAACGUUUGCAGAGCAUUUCAGAAUUUGCAGAAUUUUGUGGGACUUGUGGUCUUUGUUGUUCUGUCGGAAAACCCGUAAACCAUCCCUUAACUCCUUAAAGUACUUCUCAUCCUAUUCCUGCGGCUUGUGAUCUGAGAUCCCGCAGCUGUAUUCCCCGAUCACACCCUAAUUUUUACUGUUGACCCCUGAUCCCAUAUACCUCGUUACCACCUUGUUUUAGCGGGAGAGUCUUAUAACUUAGGAAAAAGGGAACAUCUGUAAUAAGCGGGUGUCCAUUCACAAAGCCGGGUUCAACUGUACACUGUACAAAUGUUUGCGUUAAGGAGAUAUUUCAUUAACCCAGGAGCCUACUACUAAUCAGCUAUUGUUCUCACUACGCUUUUCCUUCCUUUUGGGAUGACGCAACUUCUGGAAAAGGUCAUCCAUAGACGUGCCUAUGUUUUCGGGUGGGGGACUAGGUACACCUUCGUAGGUAACUACUUCAUGUACGGGGACAUUGAUAGAAGCGAAGUCGAGAGUUAGAUGUUGUGGAUUGAUCACAUAAGUGCUGAAACCUCAUUUAAAAAGGUAAGAAAAGCUUCUCAGUAUAUGAUAUAUCAUCUUAGAAUGAAUUCAGUGACAGGAUUGAUCGACAGUAAAGAAAAAAAAGUAUUUUGGAAGCCCAUUAAUGACAGCUUCUUCCCUGGUGGGCGAUUGUACUUGUAGCCUGUGCAUAGACACGGGGCGCAGAGGAGUUAUUUGUGACCUUGAUUGCUGUCAAAAUUUACAGUUGAAAGCGCCAAUCGCCUUUGUUUAUGCAGGUAUCAAUGUCUGGAAAAAGAGGCGGGCAGAGGGUACAGUUUGGCAUUUGAAAUCUCCCGUGAGGAGACAGAGAAAUAUUGUUCAAAUACAGUAAGAACCCGCAUAUACAUGUAUAAAGAACGUAGUGAUUUAAGAACCUGAUCAUGAUUGUUAAAAAUGAUAUUAACUCCAUGGUAAGGCAAGUCUUGAAACAGUAAUUUCUUGGACAUCGUCUCUUUAGCAAAAGCGAUGAUUUGAGUAGACAUUUUACUGACAUUACUGACAUUUUAUUGACAUAAAAUCCAACUAAAAGCUAGCUCAAUCAAUUUUAAGGUGCAAAUUUCCCUCCAAGUAUAAGCCUGGCCGAUUUUGAAACUCAAUUUAUUUUUCCCACCAUAUUUAAGCCCCUGCAAAAAUAAACCCCUCAAAAAGGACCUUUGAAAAAUAUAAGCCUCAGGGCUUAUUUUCAGAAUUUUAUGGUAUAUCAAAAACUCCACUCAGUGCUGAGGGUCUGAAUGGAGUUAACUGACUAGUGACAAAUGGCGAAAAAUAUAACAGACUAAACCAAGAAAAAAAAUACUGACUACUGACAGGGAAAAAAUUAACCGACUGCUGACAUGGUCCAACAUUGUACAGAUAUCUGUAUUCAGAAAUAAGUCAUAUUUUUUUUAUUUGUCUUUGAUUUCCCCUUUUUCUGUCAAAAGUAUUUUGCUUGAUUUGUUUUACACACACUAUACUUUAUUUCAUGCACAUCAUUUUGCCAUCUCCACCCGCAAAUAGCAAAAGCUAGACGAGGCGGGCGGAGAGGAAAGGUUACAGCAGUCAUAACAGAUAAUAUAAUAAUUGUAAAGUAACUAAAUAAACUAUCUGGAUAAAUAAGAAUUACUGAAAAACAAGCUAAAGUUACAAAAUAUAUAGUCUUACAGAAUGAUAUUACAAUCAAAUUUACUACUAACAGAACCUAUCGAUUAUUAGUACAUUGAGUCGAGGAUGCAGAAUUUGCCAUUUUUUGUAGGAGAAUGGGCACUUCAACAUAAUCGUCCUCUGCUUCCAUUAUCGAGAGCAAAAAGUCAUGAAAAUUUUUCUUAAAAGCUCCUUUGGAGAGUUGACGAAAUUCGUUAGGAAUUGCGUUCCAAAGUUUAGCUCCAAACCUGGAAAAAGAAUCUUUAUUUAGAUUCAGUCUUGAAGUUUGGACAUAAUAAUUUCGAGACGCAGAAAACCUGGUCUCAUGCUUGUGCUUUGAAUUAGCUCUAGUGAAGAAAACGAAAAUGUUAGACAGAGCAUUCAUGCAGGAAACAUCAAACAUUAUAGAAAAUACUUUUUCAGCAUAUAACAUUUGUAAGGGUAGAAUUUUCGAGGAAAUAAAGAAAGUCACAGCAUGGGCUCUAGGUUGAGGAAAGUACAUCAAACGAAGGACUCGUUUUUGAAGCACAUGGAGGGUCUUUUAGUUACCGGUAGCUCUAUUUCAGGACCAGAGGGGACAUUUAAUUUCAGAUUUGGUACUUGUAAAAUUUCCUGUCGUUAAAUUACUUGAGUCAAAUGGUUGUAAAAUCCAAGUCUUGAAGGUUCAAUUUCCCUCUCUUUCCCAGCAUGUAUAGAAGAAUGCCAGUUUUGUACCUGCACCUCGUUUAAAACCUAUUUCAGACCCAUCAAAUGGUGUGCCUUUGUUUCUCCCCCUUUUCUGGAGAAAUCCAGGAAAGCGAGCACUCAUUUCCUGCGCAGUGCAUGGUAAUGGAGCCUACAAGACGUACUGCUGCGGUACUUUCACUGCCUGCUUUUUGUCCAUGCUCAAGUCAUAAGUAAAGUUAUAAGAGUGAUCGUAAGUUUUUGUCAAAAAAAGUUAAGAGGUCGCAAUCGAGUGCCGCUGCAGCUGCAUUCCAGUUGACAUAGAAAUUAUGAAGGAUGCUUUGAGAUUACUGAAAGGACAACAUCUGACGAAAUUGGGAGGUUCCCUUGGAAACUAUUUUGCUUAUCUGAGUGGCAAAACUCGCCUCUGUGGGUUAAGGCGAGAACCUACCUAAAGCAAUGGAAGGGUACUGGCAUGUGGAAGUUCCAAAUUUGAAAUCAGUUGUAGGCAGCAGUGAGUUCAAAACAUUCCACAGCUAAGGCACGAGCCAUAAAUCAGUAUUCACAAACGACCCAGGAAACAGACUGCAGUGACUAAAAAUAAGUUUACUGAAAUUUGACCCAUAUUCUCACUUGACCACUUAUUCUCUCAUUACUUCGCUGGUCUUUGAACUGGGAAAAACUGACUCAAGACAGGUUAAAGGGGCACAGCCUCAUCAGUGAGGGUGCUGAGUCAGCAGAUGAAGAGUGUACUAAGUGAAAAGGUCUAAUUCAUAAAUCUUGCUCAGUCAUGCAGCAACUCAUCGACCUGUGCUUACAUCAUGUGCAUCACAUGUAGCAGACACUUUCGUCCUCGCAUUGGUCUCCUUAGCCACCUCCGAACUCACAAAAUGUAAUUAACUGCCUCAUGGAAGAAAACAAAUUAAGUAUAGAAAGAUUGGUGUUUUUAUCAUUCCAAAACAAAGGUGAAAUAAACGAUCGCAUAGCUUAAACAAACCAGAAUUUAUUGAGGUUCCAUUGCACUCAAAUGAUAAAUUGAUGAUGAAUGAAGAAGUUUUUUACUUACUGCAUAAGAGUUUAAACUGUGUGAAUUAAAUAACCAAUAUGAAAAAUUAACUUGUUUUGUUAAUUAUCAACCGAGAUUUACUGACAACCCACAAAUAUCGAAAAUUUUAACCAACAACUGACAAAGUAAUGAAAUCUUUAUGGACAACUGACAUGUGGACCUGCCCAUUCAGACCCUUAAUGUUUCAUCCGAUAUCCAGACACCUCGAAGUUGGUGUUAAAAACACUCGGCUGGGUGUUGUUUGUCAAUCCACUUCUCUGUGUCUAAAAUAAUGUCGGAUGAAACACUGCAUGUUGUUUUUAAUAUAUUACUGCAAAUGUAAUAUGGUUUUAUAAUUUUUACAUAGGGUAUUAUAUGUUAAUGCCAUGCCAUCUUGACCCCUCUCACAUUUUCCUUGUUAAAGCCCUGGCCCUUUCUGAGAUGUCAGUAAAGCAAUUGAGAUUUAUAAGUAAUUAUUUGAGACAAAUAACUUUCUCUUAAUAUAUUCUAUAUGUUUGUAAAUUACCUUAUGAUAUGCUGUACGUUAUUUAUAUAAGUAUAUGUAAUAGCUAUUAUAAUAAUGAAAUCUAAUGUAAGGAGAAAGUCUUACCUGUAGGCUUUCAUGGCCUUCCUUGCCUUUUGAGAUUCUCUUUACUUUCAAAAUGUGUUUCGUUUGUGCAAUUUAUUGUCUUUUCCCUUCAUUUAUAUGUAAAAAAGGCAUUUAAAAAGCAAUAAACCAAAAAAAAGACUAACCUUUCCUUCCAAACAUUCAGGGUGUGCCAAAACCUAUGUCCGAUUGUCUGGGACAGGUAGAAAUGUAGUUCAGGCAUUUAAACCUUUGUCAUGACUUGUCCAUGGGACAAGCACAUUUUUAACUAGAAAAAACACAGAAACAGUUAAGAAUUGACUUUGAAUUGCAGUAGAAUUAGUGUUCCUGUCCCUAACAUUUGCUGCGCAAAAUUUGCCUGUAGCUGGAGAUUUUGGCAGCUGCAAUUGACCAUGUGCUAUUAUGCACUAAUUCCAUUGUCUUCUUUUGUUUACUUGUAGCUAUUUCGCACUUGUAGGUAUUAUUUGUUUCACGGGUCAAGUAAAAUCACUCUAGUGCCUUUUUACUCUAUCUUGAUUUAAUGCUUUAAGAAAGUUGAAUAAUAUUGUGUUUAUUUUUUGUUGAAAGGGUGUAAAGGAAACUGCAGUCCAUGUUUUUAAUGAGUAAAGACUGCGGUGUUUCGUAAAGCAGUAGACGUAAGGAGACCCAUAAGUUGUUGUCAUUUGACCGGGUGUAGAGACUAUAUUGAGUCACAACUUCCAACAGGGAAUUAGAUGUGCAUACAAAUAACACCACAGACAAUACAUUUCCUUGUGAGACAUAUUGUUUAACCAUUGACAAAAAAAAAAACACGGCUCAGUCACGUUUUAAAUAAUGUAUUUCAAACAUGGUUAAACUGUUGUUUAUUGAGACACCUAGACCAUGGCUAGGCCUUAAACAUAUGUUAACUUUGACUUUGUUUAAGUAAUCUCCCCAUUAUUGUAAGGAUUGUCGAUAUGUCAGGGCAGUGUCUCUUUAAACUAGCUGGAUCAGAAAGGCAUAACCCAUUAUGAGUUUCUGGCUGGAUUUAAUUGAAUAAAAAGGUAAAAUAAAUUAUGUCUUUUUUAUGUUCAAAGGGUGCAAAGGAAGCUGCAGUUCAUGUCUUUUAAGUGUAAACAUUGUGCCAAGUGUUUUAGCCGAGCGGGACACCUAAGGAUUCAUGAGAGAGUUCACACUGGGGAAAAGCCUUAUGAAUGUAAACAGUGUGGCAAGUGUUUUAGCCAAGCAGGAGUCCUAAGGAGACAUGAAAGAGUUCACACUGGGGAAAAACCUUAUGAAUGUAAACAGUGUGGCCAGUGUUUUAGCCAAGCAGGAGUCCUAGGGAUUCACAAAAGAGUUCACACUGGGGAAAAGCCUUAUGAAUGUAAACAAUGUGGCAAGUGUUUUAGCAUCAUAGGAAACCUAAGGAUUCAUGAAAGAGUUCACACUGGGGAAAAGCCUUUUGAAUGUAAACAGUGUGGCAAGUGGUAUGGCCAAGCAAAAGACUUAAAAAUUCACGAAAGAGUUCACACUGGGGAAAAGCCUUUUGAAUGUAAACAGUGUGGCAAGUGUUUUAGCCGAGCAGCACACCUAAAGAGACAUGAAGGAGUUCACACUGGGGAAAAGCCUUAUGAAUGUAAACAGUGUGGCAAGCGUUUUAGCCGAGCAGGAGUUCUAAGGAUUCAUGAAAGAGUUCACACUGGGGAAAAGCCUGUUGAAUGUAAACAGUGUGGCAAGCGUUUUAGCCAAGCAGGAUACCUAAGGAUUCAUGAAAGAGUUCACACUGGGGAAAAGCCUUUUGAAUGUAAACAGUGUGGCAAGUGUUUUAGCCGAGCAGCAUACCUAAGGAUUCAUGAAAGAAUUCACACUGGGGAAAAGCCCUAUGAGUGUAAACAGUGUGGCAAGUGUUUCACUCAUCUAAGAGUUUUUAAGAGGCAUGAAGAAGUUCACAUUAGAAAAAUGUUGCAUAAAUGUGACAGUAGCAAAGGUCCAUGUAAACGUGUGCUUCGUAAUCGUAAGAGAGCAGGAAGUAAUAUAAGGGCAGGAUUGACCACCAGCACACUGUCACAGAGAGAGACUAGAAACAGUAGCAUAAAAGACCAGCAACUGGACGUUACUGAGAAACACAGCUGUUGGAUUUGUCAAGAGGAGAUGAGAAGUGAAUCUCUUCUUCUUCAACAUUAUGAAAACCAUAUGAGGCAUGUAGCUGAAGAUGGCUUGUAAAGACUUCGGUCUUAAGCUUUUGUUAAGUCUUGUUUCUGUUUUUUUUAGGUUUUGUCUUUUAACUGUAAGAUGCAGUAAGGAUGACUUCAUUUGUUGCUAGAUCAAUCGUUCCAGGGAAGAUUAAUCUGUUUUGUUUAAAAAUUCAACUUUUUUUCUGUCAGGAGGGUUUGUAAAUAGAUAUUAAUAAGUAGACAUUGCGUUUUCUGAAAAUGGACAGAGCAGUUCUUUGUUGAUCGUUUUCUUUUAUAUAAAGAAAAUGAAGGAAUUUAAUGCUGAAGGUCCCUUUUCUACAGAUUUUCCCGCUGUGCAUUUUUAUAGUUCUAGUAAUAAUUAAGAAAUAGCGUCUCUUCCCUCUGCCUAGCCUCUGUGCAACAAAAAGAAGCCUCUGCGCCAUAACUGACCUACAGAUUCUCCAGACUGUUCUAUAUACAUUUUCUUAGAGAAUAAGUUGGAAGAAUUUAACAGUUGACACCUCCUACGCAAAUUAUAUACUAAUUCUUUAUCUUUGGGAAUGAUCGCACCUAGCAUAUGAUUAUCAAUAGCUCUUUUGAAAGCGGAUUUAUCUUGCUGUUCUAAAAGAUUAAAGAUGCUGACUGUUUGAGAGGUAAAAUGACGCUAUGUCACCUGUUUAAAAAAUGCUGUAUAACAUUUAAAUCAGAAUCAGAAGUGCCAUACACAGCGAGACCAUAUGUGAGAAUGGAAAGAACUAGGGUUUUAAACAAGUGAUCUAUUUCCUUCUAGCUAAAGAGUUCCUUUCGUAGAGUUCUGAGAAUGUGAAGACACUUGUUAGCUUUUGUAAGCUUGAGUCUGACGUGCUCGCUAAAUUUACAAUUAGGCUGAAAAGUCAGUCCGAGCAAUACAAGGCUACCACAUUGAGGAAUGUUAUUGAUGGGAGCGUACUGAAGGCGUGUACCGCUUCUUUCCUUCUUUCUAAAUAUCAGUUCUUUACACUUGCUCGGAUUACACAGCAUCAUUUAACGCCUAUGUGUUCAUAUUAAAGCGAAGUUAUCCUUCUACGUGAAUUUGUUCCUUUAAUAAAAAUACCGGUCAGUAAGAAAUUUUCGUUUCUAGACAAGGUCUUAUUGAGGUAUAUUUAUUCCCGACUUUUAAAGGGCCUCAAAAGACCAAAAUAUGGGAUCAAAAAUUUUGAUCCUGAUCCCAAAAUUGUUGCAAAUCUUGAUCCCUGAUUAACUGCGUGAAGUUGACAAAAACUCGAUGAAAUACUACAUAAAGCCAUAGGCGUACGGGCCAGGGGGGCGAGGGGGGCUGCAGCCCCCCCAAAUUUUGGGCAACUCAGAUUUUUUGGGCAGCAAGAGAAAAUUUGGAGAAAGCUAUUUUUUAAAGACGUUUCCGUGUUUUUUUAUUAGUUUAAAGAGACAAAUAUUUUCGAUUUUAAUCUGAAAAAAAUCCUGAAGUCAGCGAAAUAAUCCAGUUACAUUCUCUCGAGACACUCACAGUGGUUGCUUAGCACGUGAUGAGUUUCUGGUUAUAGGGAAGGGUAUCACUUGUUGAUUUACAUAUUUAUAGUUUUUUAUUGUUGAGCACUGUACUGCACUGCACUGCACUGCACUGACUGGAAUGGGCUCUUAGCAGUCGUGAAUUGAUUAGAAUAAGCUUCCGCAUAUCUUCCUAGAAUCAUCUCCGCCCGUAGAAUAGUGUAUGGCAGAGAGCAUCAGCAACAGUGGGUGUGAAAAAUGAAGAAGUGGCUGACUAGUACUCAGCUCGAAUUACGAGAAGAAUAUUAAAUUUUUUUAAUUAUCUAUUAAGCAAUAAUUUAUUAAAGUAGACCGAAAUGUUUACAAAACCGCUGACAAGAGCGCCUCGAUACAUACUGAUGAAAUGGAAUCCUUCUCUCUAGCGAUCGGCCGGAGCUAUCUCCAUGACAUUUUACACACGUUUUUAAAAAGACUGAAGCUACUAUGACAUGUUAAAAGAGAUUCGUUUUCUACAGAUAACGGCCAAACAUCAAGAUUUUUGUAGCAUAUUUCUAAAACCUCAUCCCAAAAUAUCCCGAUAACUCUUAUAGAUUCCGUUUUAACUUCACGAACAUCGACCCGACUAUUGGAGAAAAAGGUUGCCGUGAAGAUUUUGCCGUGAAUAUUGCUGCAAGUAAAAUAGACAAUGGCAUCAUUUCACUGCUAUGACAACUCCGAUGUCAUUAAAACCCUAUGAUAAAUUUUCAUCUAUAUCUAAUAAAACUAUGGUAGCAAUUUUUCCAAAUGUUUGUCUAUGGCGACGUAGUUAUGCUCAAAAUUCGGAGGUAUUGACUCUGAAAAACUGCCACCUUCAUAUGCCAGUACGGCCUACGUUACUGUUUCGUAAAACUUUGGGUAACUUGCGAGAAUUUUUUGGGCAAAUAGUUUACCGCCCCCCUUGGAAAAAAAUUGCCCGUACGCCUAUGCAUAAAGCGUCUCUCAUUUCGAUUUAUUUUAUUUUAGUUACGCUAGGGCCAUUUAUACGAGGAAAAAUAAGACUAUCCCGUAUAAACGGCACAUUAAGACGCGACUUAGCAAAGACGCGUCUUAUCGAAGAACAGGUGUUAGGGGCUGUUCUUAGAUAAGACGCGUCUUAGCUAAAUUUCAAGCGAAAUGUACCGUUUAUAGGAGAUAGUUUGAGUCUUAUUUAGGACGCGUCCUAUGUUAGACUUGUCUUAUUUUUCCUCGUUUAAACGGCCCUAUUAGUUACUGACUGGAGAAUUAAGUUUGUCUCCCGUCUUUAUUUUCGAGUUAUUAUUUCUAUCAUAAUGCGUUCCACUUUAGAGCUCUAAUAAUAAUGUAUCGUUUUUUGGUCUGUUCGUGUCAUUUAAGCCUUCCUUUUAAAAUUUGAUGAAUUUCAUAUAACAACGGCAACUUAACAGCAACGACACAAGCAAAACGAAUUUUGAUGUAGUAUAUAACUCUAGGAUAAAAAGCGUUUGCUCUAGCUAGCUUUGUUUCAGUCGCCGCCUAGCUAAGUUUAGGAGUGCCUCUAGUCAUACAUCACUAUCUGACUAUCAUACAUGUGUAGGUUUUGAUAAAAUCUAGUUGGGUUACCCUUCGGCAUAAUAUAGUGAACAGUGCCCUGAGGAUACUCCCCUAUAAAAUUAAAGUGACGGUGUUGCUCGUCGAAAAAUUUCGAGAACACCCCUAAAAGGUACCAGAAUCUUGUUUUAUGGGCCUGUCCCAAAUUCAUUUCCACCUCUAUAAGGUAACAAUUCAAUAACAACAAAUUAUAUUACUGGCACUGCAAGUUUUAAUAGUAAUAAAGAUAACUUUCGAACACUUUCUUCCCAAGCACUUUUUGAAAAUAUUGUUAAAAAUCUUUAUCCUACUUAUAAUAAAGCAUAUUAUUUCUAACAGAAUUCUUAACAACUCUGGCAGCAGUCAUUAUAAGUUUUAGCACCGUAAGCGGUAGUCUGCUACACAGCCGUUUUUCGUGUCGUCACGCAACGCUCCUCCCCACUUAGUGGGGAGGAGCGUUGCGUGACAACACUUAAAACGGCUGUGUAGCAGACUAACUAAGCGGUACCAAUCCACCAAUUUAAACCCCUAAAAGGUACGACAAGCAUCCCCGUCAAUUUUAUAGGGGAGUACUCCCCUCCCGGGGGGGAGCAGUGUACCAGCUCUCAGCGGAUCCAGUUAGCUUGAAUCUAAAAAAGGGUGCUCUACAACGGUGUAAAUGUGCGUAACGACGGUAUCAAUCCCAGAGCGAGAAUUUUUUCCAGAAUCCAUAUUGGGCAGUCAAAGACUUUGACCAAUUCCGGUAGGUCAGUCACCUUAGUGUAUAUCUCCAACAAAAGGAGGCAACAGGUCAACCAGCAGAGUCAGCAAUGUGCCAAUAAAGCAAUGAUGAUAAAUAUCUCUCAAUUUAAGGAAAGUACGAGGGUUUUGUAGUCCAGCUAGUCCAGCAGAUCGGAUUGCAUGCGGUUUGGUACCGGAUUGAAAUUUUUCAACGUUAAACUUCUACAGAACUGAAUUUUAAAACGUUUGCAGAGCAUUUCAGAAUUUGAGGAAUUUUGUGGGACUUGUGGUCUUUGUUGUUCUGUCGGAAAAUCCGUAAACCAUCCCUUAACUCCUUAAAAUACUUCUCAUCCUAUUCCUGCUGCUUGUGAUCUGAGAUCCCGCAGCUGUAUUCCCCGAUCACACCCUAAUUUUUACUGUUGACCCCUGAACCCUGAUCCCAUAUACCUCGUUACCACCUUGUUUUAGCGGGAGAGUCUUAUAACUUAGGAAAAAGGGAACAUCUGUAAUAAGCGGGUGUCCAUUCACAAAGCCGGGUUCAACUGUACACUGUACAAAUGUUUGCGUUAAGGAGAUAUUUCAUUAACCCAGGAGCCUACUACUAAUCAGCUAUUGUUCUCACUACGCUUUUCCUUCCUUUUGGGAUGACGCAACUUCUGGAAAAGGUCAUCCAUAGACGUGCCUAUGUUUUCGGGUGGGGGACUAGGUACACCUUCGUAGGUAACUACUUCAUGUACGGGGACAUUGAUAGAAGCGAAGUCGAGAGUUAGACGUUGUGGAUUGAUCACAUAAGUGCUGAAACCUCAUUUAAAAAGGUAAGAAAAGCUUCUCAGUAUAUGAUAUAUCAUCUUAGAAUGAAUUCAGUGACAGGACUGAUCGACAGUAAAGAAAAAACAGUAUUUUGGAAGCCCAUUAAUAACAGCUUCUUCCCUGGCGAGCGAUUGUACUUGUAGCCUGUGCAUAGACACGGGGCGCAGAGGAGUUAUUUGUGACCUUGAUUGCUGUUAAAAUUUACAGUUGAAAGCGCCAAUCGCCUUUGUUUAUGCAGGUAUCAAUGUUUGGAAAAAGAGGCGGGCAGAGGGUACAGUUUGGCAUUUGAAAUCUCCCGUGAGGAGACAGAGAAAUAUUGUUCAAAUACAGUAAGAACCCGCAUAUACAUGUAUAAAGAACCUAGUGAUUUAAGAACCUGAUCAUGAUUGUUAAAAAUGAUAUUAACUCCAUGGUAAGGCAAUUCUUGAAACAGUAAUUUCUUGGACAUCGUCUCUUUAGCAAAAGCGAUGAUUUGAGUAGACAUUUUACUGACAUUACUGACAUUUUAUUGACAUAAAAUCCAACUAAAAGCUAGCUCAAUCAAUUUUAAGGUGCAAAUUUCCCUCCAAGUAUAAGCCUGGCCGAUUUUGAAACUCAAUUUAUUUUUCCCACCAUAUUUAAGGCCCUGCAAAAAUAAACCCCUCAAAAAGGACCUUUGAAAAAUAUAAGCCUCAGGGCUUAUUUCCAGAAUUUUAUGGUAUAUCAAAAACUCCACUCAGUGCUGAGGAUCUGAAUGGGGUUAACUGACUAGUGACAAAUGGCGAAAAAUAAAACAGACUAAACCAAGAAAAAAAAUACUGACUACUGACAGGGAAAAAAUUAACCGACUGCUGACAUGGUCCAACAUUGUACAGAUAUCUGUAUUCAGAAAUAAGUCAUAUUUUUUUUAUUUGUCUUUGAUUUCCCCUUUUUCUGUCAAAAGUAUUUUGCUUGAUUUGUUUUACACACACUAUACUUUAUUUCAUGCACAUCAUUUUGCCAUCUCCACCCGCAAAUAGCAAAAGCUAGACGAGGCUAGCGGAGAGGAAAGGUUACAGUAGUCAUAACAGAUAAUAUAAUAAUUGUAAAGUAACUAAACAAACUAUUUGGAUAAAUAAGAAUUACUGAGAAACAAGCUAAAGUUACAAAAUAUAUAGUCUUACUGAAUGAUAUUACAAUCAAAUUUACUACUAACAGAAACUAUCGAUUAUUAGUACAUUGAAUCGAGGAUGCAGAAUUUGCCAUUUUUUGUAGGAGAAUGGGCACUUCAACAUAAUCGUCCUCUGCUUCCAUUAUCGAGAGCAAAAAGUCAUGAAAAUUUUUCUUAAAAGCUCCUUUGGAGAGUUGACGAAAUUCGUUAGGAAUUGUGUUCCAAAGUUUAGCUCCAAACCUGGAAAAAGAAUCUUGAUUUAGAUUCAGUCUUGAAGUUUGGACAUAAUAAUUUCGAGACGAAGAAAACCUGGUCUCAUGCUUGUGCUUUGAAUUAGCUCUAGUGAAGAAAACGCAAAUGUUAGACAGAGCAUUCAUGCAGGAAACAUCAAACAUUAUAGAAAAUACUUUUUCAGCAUAUAACAUUUGUAAGGGUAGAAUUUUCGAGGAAAUAAAGAAAGUCACAGCAUGGGCUCUAGGUUGAGGAAAGUACAUCAAACGAAGGACUCGUUUUUGAAGCACAUGGAGGGUCUUUUAGUUACCGGUAGCUCUAUUUCAGGACCAGAGGCGACAUUUAAUUCCAGAUUUGAUACUUGUAAAAUUUCCUGUCGUUAAAUUACUUGAGUCAACUGGUUGUAAAAUCCAAGUCUUGAAGGUUCAAUUUCCCUCUCUUUCCCAGCAUGUAUAGAAGAAUGCCAGUUUUGUACCUGCACCUCGUUUAAAACCUAUUUCAGACCCAUCAAAUGGUGUGCCUUUGUUUCUCCCCCUUUUCUGGAGAAAUCCAGGAAAGCGAGCACUCAUUUCCUGCGCAGUGCAUGGUAAUGGAGCCUACAAGACGUACUGCUGCGGUACUUUCACUGCCUGCUUUUUGUCCAUGCUCAAGUCAUAAGUAAAGUUUUAAGAGUGAUCGUAAGUUUUUGUCAAAAAAAGUUAAGAGGUCGCAAUCGAGUGCCACUGCAGCUACAUUCCAGUUGACAUAGAAAAUUAUGAAGGAUGCUUUGAGAUUACUGAAAGGACAACAUCUGACGAAAUUGGGAGGUUCCCUUGGAAACUAUUUUGCUUAUCUGAGUGGCAAAACUCGCCUCUGCGGGUUAAGGCGAGAACCUACCUAAAGCAAUGGAAGGGUACUGGCAUGUGGAAGUUCCAAAUUUGAAAUCAGUUGUAGGCAGCAGUGAGUUCAAAACAUUCCACAGCUAAGGCACGAGCCAUAAAUCAGUAUUCGCAAACGACCCGGGAAGCAAACUUCAGUCACUAAAAAUAAUUUUACUGAAAUUUGACCCAUAUUCUCACUUGACCACUUAUUCUCUCAUGAUUACUUCGCUGGUCUUUGAACUGGGAAAAACUGACUCAAGACAGAUUAAAGGGGUGCAGCCUCAUCAGAGAGGGUGCUUAGUCAGCAGAAUAAGAGUGUAUGAAGUGAAAAGGUCUAAUUCAUAAAUCUUGCUCAGUCAUGCAGCAACUCGAGAUAUAUAGAUAGAUAAAUAGAUAGUUUAUUUGUAAAAAGCUUGCAUGGAGCUACUAAGCUGAAUUGUGUAUUUACAAUAUAAUAUAUAUUAUUAAAAACUGCAUCAUUGGAUAAUGCAAUUCUAGCAUUUUGAUUGGCUUAGCCGUUAUGGUAUAUGAGCUAUUAUACCAUGUUCUCCAUAUAUGGUCGGUGUACGCGUCAGUUUAAAAUUCGAAGCUAGCUGAGAUUUUGUUUCGCGAAGGAUAGAACGGCGCCCGAAGCAAAUUGUUUUAAUUCAUUUCUUAGAAUACUAGAAAUGCAAUUUCAUCGAAAGAAAAAAGACAGAAACAAACAAAAAAGCCACAAGAGCUUGUUUGAAAGUUUGUCGAAAAACACAUGAAAACACAUGGAACUAAAGUACCUUGACCAGCUACGAAAGAAGACAGGUGCUGUUUCUUCAUGAUCGCGAAGCCAUUCGCCGAUCGAGUCACUCGCCGAUAGAUAACUACGGCUUGUUUAUCCGACAUCAAGAAUAUAAAUCACAAGUAACCAGCUACAAAUACAGGCUAUGCAGCCAUUCUCUAGAGCAAUUGAGGCGGCAGUAUAGCUUCUUUUCUCGUUCAGCAAAACCAGCUUAUGGCUUCAAACAACUUCAUAACAAGCGACCGAGGUAAUAGUUUUUCUCCGUUGUUCUUACUUUUAUAACUGCACUGAAAAUCCAAAUUCACAGUAAUUUUGACGGCUGUCGCUUAAAAAUUCUUCUCCUUCACAUUAGCUGCCAGGUUUUCUUAGCUGUUCAUCUAAUGUUCAUCGCUACAACGUUUUGAUUUUUCAUUCAUGCAGUCCAGGCGAGUCCGUUCGCGCGUUGACAGUUUUGAUAGAUGUGUGACAUGUGAAUAGCGGAAGUCAAUUGUCUUUUUCGGUUUGUUCUAGUCGGGGAGAUUCAACGAGAUUUUGUGGGCAUUUUUAAUAAAACAAUUAUUCCUCUCGCGGUUGUUGGAUAUGAGAUGAUUAUAGCCAACUCGGCACAACGCGCCUUGUUGGCUAUCUAUCAUUUCAUAUCCAACGCUCCCUCGUGGAAUAAUUGUUAAAUAUAAUAUAACAGAAUCUUACAAUAGUGAGUAUAAUAAAAUGAUAAUGAUGAAGUUCUAAAUAAAUAAUAACAUCCUAAAAAUAUAAAAAAACUUAAAACUGUUAAGAUAUAUACAACGUCAUCGAUCUCAUUUACAAAACUCACCGAGUGCUAAAAUUCGUUAUCAAUACAUGAUCUUACUAAAAAACUAUUUUUGAAACGCUCGAUCUUACAUCAUGUGCCUCUGGUUACAUCAUGUGCAACACAUGUAGCGGACACUUUCGUCCUUGCAUUGGUCUCCUUAGCCACCUCCGAACUCACAAAAUGUAAAUGACGGCAUCAUGGAAGAAAACAAAUUAAGUAUAGAAAGAUUGGUGUUUUUAUCUUUCUAAAAGAAAGGUGAAAUAAGCUAUCGUAUAGCUUAAACAAACCAGAAUUUAUUGAGGUUCCAUUGCAAUCAAAUGAUGAAUUGACGAUGAAUGAAGAAGUUUUUUUUCCUUACUGCAUAAGAGUUUAAACUGUGUGAAUUAAAUGACCAAUAUGAAAAAUUAUCUUGUUUUGUUAAUCAUCAACCGAGAUUUACCGAAAACCGACAAAUAUCGAAAAUUUUAACCGACAACUGACAAAGUAAUGAAAUCUUUACCGACAACCGACAUGUGGACCUGCCCAUUCAGACCCUUAGUGUUUCAUCCGAUAUCCAGACACCUCGAAGUUGGUGUUAAAAAACACUUGACUGCGUGUCAUUUUUCAACCCACUUCUCUGUGUCUAAAUAUCAGAUGAAACACUGCAUGUUGUUUUUAAUAAAUUACUGCAAGUUUAAUAUGGUUUUAUAAUUUUUACAUAGGUUAUUAUAUGUUAAUCCCAUGCCAUCUUGACCCCUCUCACCUUUUCCUUGUUAAAGCCCUGGCCCUUUCUGGGAUGUCAGUAAAGCGAUUCUAAUUUAUGAUUAGAGACAAUCAACUUUUUCUUAAUAUAUUUUAUACACUUGUAAAUUACCUUAUUAUAUGCUGUACCUUAUUUAUAUACCUGGUAAGUAUAUGUAAUAGCUAUAUAAUAAUAAUGAAAUCUAAUGUGAAGAGGAGUUCUCACCUUUAGGCCGUCACCUUCCUUGCCUUUUGAGAUUCUUUUCAGUUUCAGAAUGUGUAUCUUUUUUGCAAUUUAUUGUUUUUCCCUUUUAUUUAUAUGUAAAAAAGGUAUUUUAAAAAAAGGAAUAAACCAAUAAAAAGACUAACCUUUCCUUCCAAACAUUCAGGGUGUGUCUGACUCUCUGGGACAGGUAGAAAUGUAGUUCAGACAUGUAAACCUUUGUCAUGACUUGUCCAUGGGACAAGCACAUUUUUAACUAGAAAAAACACAGAAACAGUUAAGAAUUGACUUCAAAUUGCAGUAGAAUUAGUGUUCCUACCCCUAACAUUUGCUAUGCCAAAUUUGCCUGUUUUCAGGAGAUUUUGGCAGCUGCAAUUGACUAUGUGCUAUUAUGCCUAAUUCCAUUGUCUUCUUUUGUUUACUUGUAGCUAUUUGGCACUUGUAGUUAUUAUUUGUUUCGUGGGUCAAGUAAAAUCACUCUAGUACCUCCUUACUCUAUCUUAAAUGAAUGCUUUAAGAAAGUUGAAUAAUAUUGUGUUUAUUUUUUGUUGAAAGGGUGUAAAGGAACCUACAGUCCAUGUUUUUAACGAGUAAACACUGUGGAAAGUGUUUUGUAAAGCAGUAGACAUAAGGAGACCUAUAAUUUGUUGUCAUUUGACUGGGUGUAGAGACCAUAUUGAGUCACAACUUCCAACAGGGAAUUAGUCCCACAGACAAUGCAUUUCAAUGUGAGACAUGUUGUUUAGCCAUUGACUGAAAAAAAAAAACGGCUCAGUCACGUUUAAAUAAUGUCUUUUAAACAUGGUUAAACUGUUGUUUAUUGAGACGUCUAGACCAUGGCUAGGCCUUAAACACAUGUUAACUUUGACUUCGUUUAAGUAAUCUCCCCAUUAUUUUAAGGAUUGUCCAUAUGUCAGGGCAGUGUCUCUUUAAACUAGCUGGAUCAGAAAGGCAUAAUCCCUUAUGAGUUUGUGGCUGGAUUUAGUUGAAUAAAAAGGUUAAAUAAUGUCUUUUUUAUGUUGAAAGGGUGCAAAGGAAGCUGCAGUUCAUGUCUUUUAAGUGUAAACAUUGUGCCAAGUGUUUUAGCCGAGCAGGACACCUAAGGCAUCAUGAGAGAGUUCACACUGGGGAAAAGCCUUAUGAAUGUAAACAGUGUGGCAAGUGUUUUAGCCGAGCUGCACACCUAAGGAGACAUGAAAGAGUUCACACUGGGGAAAAGCCUUAUGAAUGUAAACAGUGUGGCAAGUGUUUUAGUCAAGCAGGACACCUAAGGAGUCAUGAUAGAGUUCACACUGGGGAAAAGCCUUAUGAAUGUAAACAGUGUGGCAAGUGUUUUAGUCAAGCAGGACACCUAAGGAGUCAUGAUAGAGUUCACACUGGGGAAAAGCCAUAUGAAUGUAAACAAUGUGGCCAGUGUUUUACCCUCAUAGGAGCCCUAAGGGUUCAUGAAAGAGUUCACACUGGGGAAAAGCCUUAUGAAUGUAAACAAUGUGGCAAGUGUUUUACCCUCAUAGGAAACCUAAGGAUUCAUGAAAGAGUUCACACUGGGGAAAAGCCUUUUGAAUGUAAACAGUGUGGCAAGUGUUUUAGCCGAGCAGGAUACCUAAGGAUUCAUGAAAGAAUUCACACUGGGGAAAAGCCCUAUGAAUGUAGACAGUGUGGCAAGUGUUUUAACCACGUAUUAAGCCUAACGAGACAUAAAAGAGUUCACAGUGGGGAAAAGCCAUAUGAAUGUAAACAGUGUGGAAGAUGUUUUAGCCGAACAGAAAUUUUAAAAAGUCAUGAAAGGGUUCACACUGGGGAAACGCCUUUUAAAUGUAAACAUUGUGGCAAGUGUUUCACUCAUCUAAGAGUUUUUAACAGGCAUGAAGAAGUCCACAUUAGAAAAAUGUUGCAUAAAUGUGACAGUAGCAAAGGUCGAUUUAAACGUGUGCUUCGUAAUCAUAAGAGAGCAGGAAGUAAUAUAAGGGCAGGAUUGACCAACAGCACACUGUCACAGAGAAGGACUAGAAACAGUAGUAUAAAAGACCAACAACUGGACGUUACUGAGAAACACAGCUGUUGGAUUUGUCAAGAGGAGAUGAGUAGUGAAGCUCUUCUUCUUCAACAUUAUGAAAACCAUAUGACACAUGUAGCUGAAGAUGGUUCGGAAAGUUGACGAACGCUUCGGUCUUUGGGAAUUGUUAAUUAGUUUCGUUACCAUUUUUAAGGGUUUGCUUUUUCAACUGUGAAUAUUAUCUCUGAUGUCGUUUUGUUACCUUUGAUUUAUCGGCGUGUAGCUGAAGAUGGCUUGUAAGGACUUCGGUCUUAAGCUUUUGUUAAGUCUUGUUUCUGUUUUUUUUAGGUUUUGUCUUUUAACUGUAAGAUGCAGUAAGGAUGACUUCGUUUGUUGUUAGAUGAAUCGUUCCAGGGAAGAUUAAUCUGUUUUGUUUAAAAAUUCAACUUUUUUUUCUGUCGGGCGAGUUUGUAAAUAGAUAUUGAUAAGUAGGCAUUGCGUUUUCUGAAAAUGGACAGAGCAGUUCUUUGUUGAUCGUUUUCUUUUAUAUAAAGAAAAUCAAGGAAUUUAAUGCUGAAGGUCCCUUUUCUACAGAUGUUCCCGCUGUGCAUUGUAAUAGUUCUAGCGGUAAUUAGCUUCUUCUUCCUUCUGCCUGGCCUCUGUGCAACAAAAAGAAGCCUCUGCACCAUAAGUGACCUACAAAUUCUCCAGACUGUUCUAUAUACAUUUUCUUCGAUAAUUAGUUGAAAGAAUUUGAUAAAAGAUCAAUGCAUUUCCCCUUUAAUGAUAAUUUAACCAGUUCUCAUAUUAAAGCCUUUCCCCUGAUUAUGUACUAAUUUUGUCUGGAGAAGAUUUAUGUUUCUCACUCUUGUGACUGAAAGGGUUACAUUAAUUUAAACCCAAUGGUUUAUUUGUAUUAUUGUGCAUUUCCCUCGUCCCUCAAAUUUACAGUGUAACAUCCUCAGAUCGUUCAGUGGAAUAAGAAUCAUGGACGUCACGCGAAGUAGGCUCGAUUACCAGCCACUGUUCGGGAAAAUGAGCCCGCACUCAUCCCCCCGAAAGAGCGGCUGGACGCGUGCGAUUUCCUUUGUUGGUUUAAGCCAAUCAUGUUACCGCCUGCAGAUUUUCGUCUGGCAAAGAUUGUCACAGAAAUUAUCACAUGAAAGCAAAAAGUUCUUCUUUGAUCCAUCACAUGGCGUAGCGAUUUCGACGACGCGGAGACAAUAGGCGAAAUUCUAGAGUCCGAAGGAACACAAUGUUUUGUUCGGUUGUUUGUUGUUCGGUUGUUUGAUGAUUCUUGUUGGAGAGAUUUUGUAUCUUCAAGGAUCUUUUCAAGGCGCUUUAGGUCUCGAUAACUGCGUUCGUUACAGAAUUGUAACCGCCCACGUUUAUAUUUGACAGAUUAACAUUCAAUACGCUGGAAAUUCUGUUUGGUAAAUCACAAUCUUUUCCAUUUAGUUUUUUCGGAGCAUCGUCGCUUUGACCUUUUUUUGACCUUUACAUCCUUCAAUCAAUUUUUCAAUCAACCCAGUCGCUUAGAAGGAUGACCUCCCUUUAAUAAUAGAGAAAAAACUGAGUUGCGCAAAAUUUGGGGUGGGGGUGGGGGUUCCGUCUCCCGGCCCGUACGCCUAUGUGCUUAUAUUAAAGCGAAGUGAUCCAUUUAAGUGAAUUUGUUCAUUUAAAAAAACACCGGUCAGUAAGAAAUUUUCGUUUUUAGACAGGGUCUUAUUGAGGUAUAUUUAUUCCCGACUAUUAAACGGCCUCAAAAGGCCAAAAUAUGGGAUCAAAAAUUUUGAUCCUGAUCCCAAAAUUGUUGCAAACCUUGAUCCCUGACUAACUGCGUAUACUUGACAAAAAUAAAUAAAGUGUCUCUCAUUUCGAUUUAUUUUAUUUUAGUCACACUAGGGCCAUUUAUACGAGAAAACAUAGGGCAAUCCUGCACCUAUUUGAAAGAUUGUUUUUGAUUAGCUGGGAAAACAGUAGGGAUUGUCACAUAACAAUGCCCCUAUCCUUGAAAACAAUGGAAGUGCAGAUUAGAGGGGACCACUGAAAUAAGAGGUUUAGAACGGUGCAGGUCUACUGGGAAAAGCUCCUGCUAUCCCGCAUAAACGACACAUUAAGACGCGACUUAGCAAAGACGCGUCUUAUCGAAGAACAGGUGUUAGCGGCUGUUCUUAGAUAAGACGCGUCUUAGCUAAAUUUCAAGCGAAAUGAGUCUUAUUUAGGACGCGUCCUAUGUAAGACUUGUCUUAUUUUUCCUUGUUUAAACUGCCCUAUUAGUUACUGACAGGAGAAUCAAGUUUGGCUCCCGUCUCUAUUUUCGAGUUAUUAUUUCUAUCAUAAUGCGUUCCACUUUAGAGCUCUUAUAAUAAUAUAUCCUUUUGUGCUAUGUUCGUGUCAUUUAAGCCUUACUUUUAAAAUUUGAUCAAUUUCAUGUAACGACGGCAACUUAACAGCAACGACACAAGCAAAACGAAUUUUGAUGCAAUAUAUAACUCUAGGAUAAAAAGCGUUUGCUCUAGCUAGCUUUGUUUCAGUCGCCGCCUAGCUAAGUUUAGGAGUGCCUCUAGUCAUACAUUACUAUCUGACUAUCAUACAUGUGUAGGUUUUGAUAAAAUCUAGUUGGGUUACCCCUCGGCAUAAUAUAGUGAGCAGUGCCCGGGGGGUACUCCCCUAUAAAAUUAAAGGGACGGUGUUGCUCGUCGAAAAAUUUCGAGAGCACCCCUAAAAGGUACCAGAAUCUUGUUUUAUGGGCCUGUUCCAAAUUUAUUUCCACCUCUAUAAGGUAACAAUUCAACAACAACAAAUUAUAUUACUGGCACUGCAAAUUUUAAUAGUAAUAAAGAUAACUUUCGAACACUUUCUUCUCAAGCACUUUUUGAAAAUAUUGUUAAAAAUCUUUAUCCCAAUUAUAAUAAAGCAUAUUAUUUCUAACAGAAUUCUUAACAACUCCGGCAGCAGUCAUUUUAAGUUUUAGCGCCCUAAGUGGUAAUCUGCUACACAGCCGUUUUUCCUGUCGUCACGCAACGCGUGACAACACUAAAAACGGCUGUGUAGCAGCCUACCUAAGCGGUACCAAUCCACCAAUUUAAACCCCUAAAAGGUACGACAAGCAUCGUCAUCAAUUUUAUAGGGGAGUACCCUCCCUCCCAGGGGGAGCAGUGUACCAGCUCUCAGCGGAUCCAGUUAGCUUGAAUCUAAAAAAGGGUGCCCUACAACGGUGUAAAUGUGCGUAACGAGCCCGGGGGGGGGGUACUCGCAGAAAAAUUGGGUAGGGGUGUGCGGCCCGCUUCCCAAAACCCUUACUUUAUUUAUGACCAAAAUCUGCGAUUUUCCCUACCCUAUUUAUGACCUAACCAAAAAUUUGAGACCCUAUUUAUGACCUGACCCUUAAAUCAAUACCCUGUUUCAGACCUGCCUUAUAAUUAUUUCCCUAGUUCAGACCAAUGUUAAAGGCAAUGUUUAUCUGCUUUUAUUAGGUUAGGGGGACAUGAUAAGGAAGUAGCUUCUUCUAAAAAAGUGCAUUCAAGACUACAGUGCAAAAAUCGUUACCCUAUUUAUGACCAAAAUGGCGGCAAAAUAGCCAAAAUCGAUACCCAAUUUAUGACCAAAACGGCUGAAAAACCCUACCCUUUGGGGCCGCACAUACCUAUAUAGCCCAUAUUAGGGAGUACCCCCCCCCGGGGUAACGAGGGUAUCAAUUUUUUUUUUACCAGAAUCCAUAUUGGGCAGUCAAAGACCAAUUCCGGUAGCUCAGUCACCUUAGUGUAUAUCUCCAACAAAAUGAGUCAACAGGUCAAUCAGCAGAGUCAGUAAUGUGCCAAUAAAGCAAUAAAGAUGAAUAUCUCUCAAUUUAAGGAAAGUACCUGGGUUUUGUAGUCCAGCUAGUCCAGCAGAUCGGAUUGCAUGCGGUUUGGUACCCGAUUGAAAUGUUUCAACGUUAAAAUUCUACAGAACUGAAUUUUAAAACGUUUGCAGAGCAUUUCAGAAUUUGCAGAAUUUUGUGGUCUUUGUUGUUCUGUCGGGAAACCGGUAAACCAUCCCUCCUUAAAAUACUUCUAAUCCUAUUCCUACGGCUUGUGAUCCCAGAUCCUGCCGCUGUAUUCCCUGAUCACACCCUAAUUUUUACUGUUGACCCCUGAUCCCAUAUACCUCGUUACCACCUUGUUUUAGCGGGAGAAUCUUGUAACUUAGGAAAAAGGAAACAUCUGUAAGAACGAGGUGGCUGUAAUAAGCAGGUGUCCAUUCAGAAAGCCGGGUUCAACUGUACACUGUACAAAUGUUUGCGUUAAGGAGAUAUUUCACUAACCCAGGGGCCUACUGUUCUCACUACGCUUUCCCUUCCUUUUGGGAUGACGCAACUUCUGGAAAAGGUCAUGCACGUUAGACGUUCCGUUAGACGCACCUGUGUUUACGGUUGGGGGACUAAGUACUCCUUCCUAGGUAACUACUUCAUGUACGGGGACAUUGAUACAAGCGAAAUCGGAAAUCGCAGCGAACAGAGUUAGAAGACUGUUAGAUGUUGUGGAUUGAUCACAUAAGUGCUGAAACCUCAUUUAUAAAGGUAAGAAAAGCUUCUCAGUAUAUGAUAUAUCAUCUUAGAAUGAAUUUAGUGACAGGAUUGAUCGACAGUAAAGAAAAAACAGUAUUUUGGAAGCCCAUUAAUGACAGCUUCUUCCCUGGCGGGCGAUUGUACUUGUAACCUGUGCAUAGACACGGGGCGCAGAGGAGUUAUUUGUGACCUUGAUUGCUGUUAAAAUUUACAGUUGAAAGCGCCAAUCGCCUUUGUUUAUGCAGGCAUCAAUGUUUGGAAAGAGAGGGGAGCAGAGGGUACAGUAUGGCAUUUGAAAUCUCCCGUGAGGAGACAGAGAAAUUGUUCAAAAUAGUAAAAACCCGCAUAGACAUGUACAUCCUCGGAGACCUAAGGGCAUUCAGUGGGGCCGGGAGAAAAGGCGCGACGAAAGUUUUUAAUCAUGAGCGGAAGAGCCCCUGGGUACGAGAACAGAUGUUUUAUGAGUCAAAUGAGUCAAUGAGUCAUGAGUCAUGAGUCAAUGAGUCAAUGAGUCAAUGAGACAGAUCUAAAAAAUAGCAUUUUUGGUAGAAACAAUAAAAUCAAGCAUUACUUUUAUUAUGUUGUCUACUUACUUCAUUGCUGCCUGCACAUGCAAGGCCUAUUUCUGACAUGAAAUCUCAGCCUGGGCUGUUUGUUGGCAGUAUUCCAGGCUCUUCCACUACUACUAUAUGCAUGCAUGGCCCGAAGAAUAGCCUUCCCAGACACCCUUUAAGAACCAUUUAAACCAUCAGAUAAGACAAUCCAUAUCUCUCUUGAUAUUACUAGUAGAUGUUCCAUACCAGAAGUGAAGUGCUGCCCCAAGGUUGUCCAUAUUAGUUGGUGCAAGGGUUUUAAACAGGCGAGCUAAUGCAAAUAAACACAAACAUAAUGCAAACAAUGAAUGCCCAAAGAUUUUAAUAAAUCAACAAGCCUUGAAAGUUAUUUAAAAUUACAAUGGGUAUACAGUAAAACCUCAAAAUAAUUAUUCGUACACUGUAUGUUUCUAAUAUAAACACUGACUGUGUACAACUGUUCGACUCACUGUUUCAUACUCCUCCUCCGACAAAUAACAAUUCAGUUUGUUUGCCUUGUAGCAACAUUCACCUUUUGAGGCAAGUAAAACUGAUUGGAAAAAGUGGUGAACUACAUUGGGAAUUACAGUAUGUAAGGUUAUCUACUGAAAACAACUCUGCAACUGAUUGUUGGAACGAACGCUUUAAAACAUAAAUUGUCUGUCCUGGAUCGUCUUCAGUGUGUUCAUGAUCCAUAGCGAUCCAUGGAAUAAAAGAACAUUGUAUCCCCCUUGAUUUCUCGCUAAAACCUAAUGAAGCUAAAUUUUAUUGUUUCUACCAAAACUUUUAUUUUGUCAUAUCUGACUCAUUGACUCAUGACUCAUUGACUCAUUUGACUCAUUACUACUUUAGACUCCCUGGGUACCGACUCUCACCGGACCAUUUCCAAACGGUCGAGCAAAUGCUGGCUCCUGAUGGGGCACAAACAUUGCUUUGUAUUAUUGUGCCCAAUUGGCAAACAGUUUCUUUUGAGUUCUUUUCGUGAGUUCGUACACGACGGCUAAUUUCACAUUUUGUGAAGAACGUACACAAGCUAUGUCAAAAUUUUCUUUCUCUUUAUGAACUUGGAUAUGGUUGAUAGAAAUUCAGCUCCAGAAGAGUUCGCUUGCAUUUGACAAAGUUAGCGAGUUGGAAUAACCACGAUAGAGACUAAAAAAAGUGAAUUCACUUUUUAUGCGACGUUUUUCGUGGCUGUCAGCUAUCAUGGCAUCUUUUAAAACUCCCUAAUAUUUACGAAGGCGUGAUCGAUGAAAGCGUAAAUACCUGUUGUAAGCUCAAGAUUGUAUUUUUGGAAAAGCGUCUUUAGGUUUCGGGUAGACAGUAUUUUGAAAUGGACAGUUUAUAUCAAGCUGAAAGUUUCCUGAUUGCGUGCAUUUCUUUGGUGCAUGAGCCAGAUAAGCCGUGAUCGAGUCAAUAGCCGUUGUGUACGAACUCACGAAAAGAACUCAGGAGAUGCUGUUCGCCGAUUGGGCACAAUAAUACAAAGCAUUUUUUGUGCCCAAUCAGGAGCCAGCAUUCGCUUGACCAUUUGGAAAUGGUCCGGUGAAAGUCAGUACCCAGGGGCUUUUCCGCCCAUACUUGAAAACUUUCGUCGCGCCUUUUCUCCCGGCCCAACUAACCGCCCCUGGGUCUCCGAGGAUGAUACAUGUAUAAAGAACCGAGUGAUUUAAGGACCUGACCAUGAUUGUAAAAAAUGAUAUUAACUGCAUGGUAAGGCAAUUCUUGAAACAGUAAUUUCUUGGACUUUGUCUCUUUAGCAAAAGAGAUAAUUUGAGUAGACAUUUUACUGACAUAAAAUCCAACUUAAAGCUAGCUCAAUCAAUUUUGGGGUGCAAAUUUCCCUCCAAGUAUAAGCCUGACCGAUUUUGAAACUCAAUUUAUUUUUCCCUCCGUUUAUAAGCCCCUCCAAAAAUAAACCCCUCAAAAAGGACCUUUGAAAAAUAUAAGCCCCAGGGCUUAUUUUCAGAAUUUUAUGGUAUAUCAAAAACUCCACUCAGUGCUGAGGAUCUGAAUGGGGUUAACUGACUUGUGACAAAUGGCAAAAAAUAUAACAGACUAAACCAAGAAAAAAAAUACUGACUACCGAUAGGGAAAAAAUUAACCGACUGCUGACAUGGUCCAACACUGUACAGAUAUUUGUAUUCAGAAAUAAGUCAUAUUUUUUAUUUGUCUUUUAUUUCCCCAUUUUUUUGUCAAAAGUAUUUUGCUUGAUUUGUUUUCAUCACAUCGAGGGUCUUUCAGUUAUCGGUAGCUCUAUUUCGAGACCAGAGGUAAAUGGCAUCAAAUUCCAGAUUUGGUACUUGUAAAAGUUCCUGUCGUUAAAUUACUUGAGUCAAAUGGCUGUAAAAUCCAAGUCUUGAAGGUUCGAUUUUCCUCUCUUUCCCAGCAUGUAUAGAAGAAUGCCUGUUUUGUACCUGCACCUCCUUUAAAACUUAUUUCAGACCCAUCAAAUGGUGUGCCUUUGUUUCUUCCCCUUUUCUGGAGAAAUCCUGGAAAGCGAGCACUCAUUUCCUGCACAGCGUGUGGUAAUCAAGCCUACAAGACAUACUGCUGCAGUACUUUCACUGCCUGCUUUUUAUCCAUGUGGAAGUCAUAAGUGAAGUUAAAAGAGUGAUUGUAAGUUUCUUUUGAAAAGGUUAAGAGGUCGCGAUCGAGUGCCACUGCAGCUUCAUUCCAGUUGACAUAGAAAAUUAUGAGGGAUUCUUUGAGAUUACUGAAAGGACUACACCUGACGAAAUUAGGAGGUUCUCUUGGAAACUACUUUGCUUAUCUGAGUGGCAAAACUCGCCUCUGCGGUUUAUGGCGAGAACCAGUCUAUAGCAACAGAAGGGUACUGGCAACUGGAAGUUCCAAAUUUGGUUUCAGUCAUAGGCAGCAGUGAGUUCAAAACAUUCCACAGCUAAGGCACAAGCCAUAAAUAGGUAUUCGCAAACGACCUGGGAAACAGACUGCAGUCACUAAAAAUAAUUUUGCUGAAAUUCGACCCAUAUUCUUACUUGACCACUUAUUCUCUCGUGAUUACUUCGCUGGUCUUUGAACUGGGAAAAACUGACUCAAGACAGAUUAAAGGGGUGCAGCCUCAUCAGUGAGGGUGCUGAGUCAGCAGAUGAAGAGUGUAGGAAGCGAAAUGGUCUAAUUCCUAAAUCUUGCUCAGUCAUGCGGAAACUCAUCGACCUCAGCUUACAUCAUGUGCAUCACAUGUAGCGGACACUUUCGUCCUCACAUUGGUCUCCUUAGCCACCUCCGAACUCACAAAAUGUAAUUGACGGCAUCAUGGAAGAAAACAAAUUAAGGAUAGAAAGAUUGGUGAUUUUAUCUUUCCAAAACAAAGGUGAAAUAAGCGAUUGUGUAGCUUAAAGAAACCAGAAUUUAUUGAGGUUCCAUUGCAAUCAAAUGAUGAAUUGACGAUGAAUGAAGAAGUUUUUUACUUACUGCAUACGAGUUUAACCUGUGUGAAUUAAAUGACCAAUGUAAAAAAUUAACUCGUUUUGUUAAUCAUCAACCGAGAUUUACCGAAAACCAAUGAAUAUCGAAACUUUUAACCGACAACUGACAAAGUAAUGAAAUCUUUACCGACAACCGACAUGUGGACCUGCCCAUUCAGACCCUUAAUGUUCCAUCCGAUAUCCAGGCACCUCGAAGUUGAUGUUUCAAAAACUCGGCUGGGUGUCAUUUUUCAACCCACUUCUUGGUGUCUAAAUAUCAGAUAAAACACUGCAUGUUGUUUUUAAAUCAUUACUGCAGAUAUAAUAUGGUUUUAUAAUUUUUACUUAGGGUAUUACAUGUUAAUCACAUGCCAUCUUGACCCCUCUCACAUUUUCCUUGUUAAAGCCCUUUCCCUUUCUGGAAGCGAUUCUAAGUUAUAAUUAAUUAUCAGAGACAAUUAACUUUCUCUUAACAUAUUUUAUACGUUUGUAAAUUACCGUAUUAUAUGCUGUACCUUAUUUAUAUAAGUAUAUGUAAUAGCUAUAAUAAUAAUGAAAUCUAAUGUAAAGAGAAAGUCUCACCUGUGGGCCUUCAUGGCCUUCCUUGCCUUUUGAGAUUCUUUUCAGUUUCAGAAUGUGUAUAUUUUGUGCAAUUUAUUGUUUUUUGCCUUUCAUUUAUAUGUAAAAAAGGCAUUUAAGAAAGGCAUUUUCAAAAAGCAAUAAACCAAUAAAAAGACUAACCUUCCCUUCCAAACAUUCAGGGUGUGCCAAAACCUAUGUCUGACUGUCUGGGACAGGUAGAAAUGUAGUUUAGACAUGUAAACCUUUGUCAUGACUUGUCCAUGGGACAAGCACAUUUUUAACUACAAAAAACACUUAAACAGCUAAGAAUUGACUUCAAAUUGCAGUAGAAUUAGUGUUCCUGCCCCUAACAUUUGCUAUGCAAAAUUUGCCUGUUUUCGGGAGAUUUUUGCAGCUGCAAUUGACUAUGUGCUAUUAUGCACUAAUUCCAUUGUCUUCUUUUGUUUACUUGUAGCUAUUUCGCACUUGUACGUAUUAUUUGUUUCACGGGUCAAGUAAAAUCACUCUAGUACCUCUUAACUCUAUCUUAAUUUAAUGCUUUAAGAAAGUUGAAUAAUAUUAUGUUUAUUUUUUGUUGAAAGGGUGUAAAUGAAACUAGACUGCGAGCAGUCUCUUGUUUUUCUUUGCAAAGUUACUGCACGCGAAACCUAAGCACGCGAGCGGCGAAGUUGGGAGCCGCAAGAAAUGACGGUGUAAGCCUGAGAAGAAAAAAUCCAUCUUUUCUCGUCUCGUCUCUGUAAUAAUAACGUCAUGGUUUGCAAUCGCACUGGAUGAGAUAAGAACUAGACGGAUUUUGAGAGAAAAGCGGACUGCAAGCAGUCUAAAAGAAAACUUGCAGUCCAUGUUUUUAAUGAGUAAACACUGUGGUGAGUGUUUCGUAAAGCAUUAGACGUAAGGAGACCUAUAAUUUGUUGUCGUUUGACCGGGUUUAGAGACCAUAUUGAGUCACAACGUCCAACAGGGAAUUAGAUGUGCAUACAAAUAACACCACAGACAAUGCAUUUCCUUGUGAGACAUAUUGUUCAGCCAUUGACGAGGAAAAAACAAAGACUUUUAAAUGAUGUAUUUUAAACAUGGUUAAACUGUUGUUUAUUGAGACACCUAGACCAUGGCUAGGCCUUAAACACAUGUUACUUUGACUUUGUUUAAGUAAUCCCCCCAUUAUUUUAAGGAUUGUCCAUAUGUCAGGGCAGUGUCUCUUUAAACUAGCUGAAUCAGAAAGGCAUAAUCCCUUAUGAGUUUCUGGCUGGAUUUAAUUGAAGAAAAAGGUUAAAUAAUGUUUUUUUUAUGUUGAAAGGGUGCAAAGGAAGCUGCAGCUCAUGUCUUUUAAGUGUAAACAUUGUGCCAAGUGUUUUAGCCGAGCAGGAGACCUAAGGAGUCAUGACAGAGGAAAAGCCUUAUGAAUGUAAACGGUGUGGCAAGUCUUUUAGCCGAACAGAAAACUUAAAGAGUCAUGAAAGGGUUCACACUGGGGAAAAGCCUUAUGAAUGUAAACAGUGUGGCAAGUGUUUUAGUCAAUCAGGAUACCUAAGGGUUCAUGAAAGAGUUCACACUGGGGAAAAGCCUUAUAAAUGUAAACAGUGUGGCAAGUGUUUUAGCCGAGCAGGACACCUAAGGAUUCAUGAGAGAUUUCACACUGGGGAAAAGCCUUAUGAAUGUAAACAGUGUGGCAAGUGUUUUAGUCAAGCAGGACACCUAAGGAUUCAUGAGAGAUCUCACACUGGGAAAAAGCCUUGUGAAUGUAAACAGUGUGGUAAGUGUUUUAGUCAAGCAGGAGACCUAAGGAGACAUGAAAGAGUUCACUCUGGGGAAAAGCCUUAUGAAUGUAAACAGUGUGGUAAGUGCUUUACUCUCUUGUCAAACCUAGGGAGACAUGAAACAAUCCACACUGGAGAAAAGCCAUAUGAAUGUAAACAGUGUGGGAAGUGUUUUAGCCUCAUAGGAACCCUAAGGAUUCAUGAAAGAGUUCACACUGGGGAAAAGCCUUAUGAAUGUAAACAGUGUGGCAAGUGUUUUAGCCAAGCAGAAGCCCUAAGGGUUCAUGGAAGAGUUCACACUGGGGAAAAGCCUUUUGAAUGUAAACAGUGUGGCAAGUGUUUUAGCCGAGCAGAAGCCCUAAGGGUUCAUGGAAGAGUUCACACUGGGGAAAAGCCUUUUGAAUGUAACCAGUGUGGCAAGUGUUUUAGCCGAGCAGGAGACCUAAGGAUUCAUGAAAGAAUUCACACUGGGGAAAAACCAUAUGAAUGUAAACAGUGUGGCAAGUGUUUUAACCAAGUAGUAAACCUAAGGAGACAUAAAAGAGUUCACACUGGGGAAAAGCCAUAUGAAUGUAAACAAUGUGGCAAGUGUUUUAGCCUCAUAGGUAACCUAAGGAGACAUGAAAGAGUUCACACUGAGGAAAAGCCUUUUGAAUGUAAACAGUGUGGCAAGUGUUUUAGCCAAGCAAGAGACCUAAGGAUUCAUGAGAGAUUUCACUCUGGGGAAACGCCUUUCAAAUGUAAACAUUGUGGCAAGUGUUUCACUCAUCUAAGGGUUUUUAAGAGGCAUGAAGAAGUCCACAUUAAAAAAGUGUUGCAUAAAUGUGACAAUAGCAAAGGUCCAUUUAAACGUGUGCUUCGUAAUCGUAAGAGAGCAGGAAGUAAUAUAAGGACGGGAUUGACCAACAGCACACUGUCAGAGAGAGAGACUGUAAACAGUAGUAUAAAAGACCAACAACUGGACGUUACUGAGAAACACAGCUGUUGGAUUUGUCAAGAGGAGAUGAGAAGUGAAUCUCUUCUUCUUCAACAUUAUGAAAACCAUAUGAGGCGUGUAGCUGAAGAUAGCUUGUAAAGACUUCGGUCUUAAGCUUUUGUUUAGUCUUUUUUGUUUUUUUUUUUUUUUUGAGGUUUUGUCUUUUAACUGUAAGAUGCAGUAAGGAUGACUUCGUUUGUUGCUAGAUCAAUCGUUCCAGGGAAGAUUAAUCUGUUUUGUUUACAAAUUCAACUUUUUUUACUGUGGGGCGGGUUUGUAAAUAGAUAUUGCUAAGUAGACAUUGCGUUUUCUGAAAAUUGACAGAGCAGUUCUUUGUUGAUCGUUUUCUUUUAUAUAAAGAAAAUCAAGGCAUUUAAUGCUGACGGUCCCUUUUUCUACAGAUGUUCCCGCUGUGCAUUUUAAUAGUUCUAGCAAUAAUUAAGAAAUAGCGUCUUCUUCCCUCCGCCUGGCCUCUGUGCAACAAAAAGAAGCCUCUACACCAUAAGUGACCUACAAAUUCUCCAGACUGUUCUAUAUACAUUUUCGUCGAUAAUUAGUUGGACAAAUUUGAUAAAAGAUCAAUUCAUUUCCCCUUUAAUGAUAAUUUAACGUGUUCUCAUAAGCUUUUUCCCUGAUUAUGUACUAAUUUUGUCUGCAAAAGAUUUUUGUUGCUCACUCUUGUGACUUAAAGGGUUAUAUUAAUUUAAACCCAAUGGUUUAUUUGUAUUAUCGCGCGUUUCCCAGGUCCCUAAAAUUUGCAGUGUAGCACACUCAGGUCGUUCAGUGAAAUAAGAAUCAUGAACGUCAGGCGAAGUUUCGAGUUAUUUUUUCGGUGGCUUUCGUUUAGACCCAACUUUACAACCUUUACUUUACGUCCGUCAAGUUUCGGCAAUAAGGGAUCCAUUUUUUUUUCAGUUAACCCUGUCGCUUAGAAGGGUGACCUCCGUUUAAUAGUAGAGAAAAAACUGAGUUGCCCAAAAUUUGGGGGUUGUGGAGGCCGUCCCCCGGCCCGUACGCCUAUGUGCCCAUAUUAAAGCGAAGGUAUCCUUCUAAGUGAAUUUGUUCAUUUAAAAAAGACACGGGUCAGUAAGAAAUUUUCGUUUCUAGACAAGGUCUUCUUAUUGAGGUAUAUUUAUUCCAGACUUUAAAAGGGCCUUAAAAGACCAAAAUAUGGGAUCAAAAAUUUUGAUCCUGAUCCCAAAAUUGUUGCAAACUUCGAUCCCCGAUUAACUGCGUAUACUUGACAAAAACUGGAUGAAAUACUAAAUAAAGUGUCUCAUUUCGAUUUUAUUUUAGUCACACUAGGGCCAUUUAUACGAGGAAAAUAGGGCGAUCCCGUACCUAUUUGAAAGAUUGUUUUUGAUUAGCUGGGAAAACAAUAGGGAUUGUCACAUAACAAUGCCGCUAUCCCUGAAAACAAUGGAAGUGCAGAUUAAAGGGGACCACUGAAAUAAGAGGUUUAUAACGGUGCAGGUCUACUGGGAAAAUAAGACUAUCCCGUAUACACGACACAUUAAGACGCGACUUAGCAAAGAUGCGUCUUAUCGAAGAACAGGUGUUAGCUAAGGGCUGUUCUUAGAUAAGACGCGUCUUAGCUAAAUUUCUAGCGAAAUGUGCCGUUUAUACGGGAUAGUUUGUGUCUUAUUUAGGACGCGUCCUAUGUAAGACGCGUCUUAUUUUCCUCGUUUAAACGCCCCUAUUAGUUACUGACUGGAGAAUUAAGUUUGGCUCCCGUCUUUAUUUUCGAGUUAUUAUUUCUAUCAUAAUGCGUUCCACUUUAGAGCUCUAAUAAUAAUAAUAUAUCGUUUUUUGCUCUGUUGGUGUCAUUUAAACCUUCCUUUUAAAAUUUGAUCAAUUUCAUGUAAAUGAUGAUGGAGUAUAAUUGAUGGAGUAUAAAACUCUAGGAUAAAAAGCGUUUACUCUAGCUAGCUUUGUUUCAGUCGCCGCCUAGCUAAGUUUAGGAGUGCGUCUAGUCAUACAUCACUAUCUAACUAUCAUACAGGUGUAGGUUUUGAUAAAACUUCGUUGGGUUCCCCCUUCGGCAUAAUAUAGUGAGCAGUGCAGGGGGUACUCCACUAUACAAUUAAAUUGACGGGGUUGCUCGUCGAAAAAUGUCGAGAACAACCUUAAAGGGUACGAGAAUCUUGUUUAAUGGGCCUGUCCCAAAUUCAUUUACACCUCUAUAAGGUAACAAUUCAACAACAACAAAUUAUAUUACUGGCACUGCAAAUUUUAAUAGUAAUAAAGAUAACUUUCCAACACUUUCUUCUCAAGCACUUUUUGAAAAUAUUGUUAAAAAAACUUUAUCCUUAUUAUAAACAUAGGCACGUUAAACGUGCAUGAGCUAAUUUGCAUGAGCUAUUUUGAAUGCCUCAGUGUAACUAUAACACUUCGGUGUAUUAAACCUUACCAAGAGUGAUGAAUCUACCUUUUUCAUCCUAAAUGUAGAUUUGGUUUUUGUGCGAAAUUGGGUAUUGCGCUACGUAAAUGAAAACGCCAAACGCUCAGCUGAGUCGAUCCUCAACCUAUAUAUUCACUUUCCUCCGUCUUUCCCUGUUACAUCUGUUGCAAGUUAAACAAAUUCUUAAAGUAACAAAUUUCUACUCACCAAACGUUGAUUAGAAGGAAAACUCUAAGGUUUCGUCGCAGUUUCUUAAGCCAAAAUGUGACUCAUCGAAUACUGAAUAUUACGAAAUACCAGGAUUUUUAUCAUUGUGGUAGAUGGUUGCAUCAUCAUAGUUCACGAGGUUUUCACGUGCGAUUGUACUCAGUGAAACAGUCUUUAACUCCGACAACUUAUUUCUUCAUGUUUUAGAAGCUAUUGCUUCUUAAAAGACAAGAGCCUUUUUGAAGGCAUUGGUUACAAAACGAAACAGGUCUUCAUACGUCCAAGUUACUAUUUAUCAUUCUGAAAAGCCAAUCUACAUGAGAUGUACAGUCACACAGCUGGCACGUGAAAGUGUUGGACUUUGCCCCCUUUCGUGGUUUGUACGUGAGGGAAUUCGAGUUAUCACACAGUAAACUAGUAAACAGAAUUAUAAAAAUAACUCUUGCACACAAUUUGCAUGUGAAGAUGUUGGUCUUUGGCCCUUUUACAAUUCGUACGUUAAAAAAAAGGCAAAUUGUUUACUACAAAAUUUUCUCAAACGAUUUUAAGAAAUCACCUCGGCUGCAUUACAACAUCUGCAAUUAAAUUAUAUUUCAUGCAACGUCAAGGUUGAUAACCUAACAUUUAUUAACAUUUGUGAGACAGUCUUUAACUCCGACAACUUAUUUCUUCAUGUUUUAAGAGCUAUUGCUUCUUAAAAGACAAGAGCCUUUUUUAGGGCAUUGGUUACUAAACGAACAGGUCUUCAUACGUCCAAGUUACUAUUAGUAUUGUGACAAGCCAACCUCCAUGAGAUGUACAGUCACACAGCUGGCACGUGAAAGUGUUGGACUUUGCCCCCUUUCGUGGUUCGUACGUGAGGGAAUUCGAGUUAUCACACAGUAAUCUAGUAAACAGAAUUAUAAAAAUAACUCAUGCACACAAUUUGCAUGUGCAGAUGAUGGUCUUUGGCCCUUUUACAAUUCGUACGUAAAAAAAAGGCAAAUUGUUUUAUUACAAAAUUUUCUCAAGCGAUUUUAAGAAAUCACCUUGGCUUUAUUACAACAUCUGCAAUGAAAUUAUGUUUCAUGCAACGUCAAGGUUCAUAGCCUAACAUUUAUUAACUUCCAAGAAAAUUAUCAAACUGCCGAAAUAUAUUUCUAUUUGUAUCAUGUUACUCCACUCAAUACAACAGUGUCUAAUUAUUGUGUCAACUAGCUUCUUCCAAUUUUAUUCCCUAACUCUACUGUUUCUACUUAAGUUACGCAUCUUUACUACGGUAAAUAAAAUACGUUUCAGAAACUAUAAUACUUAGUAUGCAGGAAGGAUGUAUCAUGUUGUUCACUUAUUAUUCUUUUUUUUUUUGUUUUGCCAGAACGAAAAAGGUCUGUUGAACUUUGUAAGCGAGAGAAUAAUAUUUUUAAAGCUUGUUUACAGGAUUAACAAUACUCGGUACAGCUUUCACAAAAAUAAGCUGCCUUUUUAAACUUCUAAAACCACAUUUCAGAGGGCGCAUACUUUCGAAUUAAAGUCUAUAUCUAAAUAUCAAUUAUUGCGUCACUGGAAGAGCUUUGAAAACAUAUGAUCUUUUAUACUCUACCCAGUUGUAGCAGGUGAAACAGAACUCAUACUGACGUGCCUUGUACCGCUAGCCGAAUUAGGUCAGAAAUGCCUUGAAGCAGCAUCCAUACUAAAAUAUGAACCCUUAAACAGCUGUAUCACUGUACACAGCGUUUGAAUCAUGAAGAUAUUUAAUGUAAUUCUUCCAAACACCUGUAGCCGUAAUAAAAGACGAAACAAUUGUGAAGAAUUAAGAUGGCGGUCUCAAAGUGCCCUUGUUCGACCUUUACCAAUGCCAUGUUUAAAUAGACGCCAAGAUCUCAUUGGUUCCUAAACAUCAACUCAUAGUACCUUCAACCUUAUUGGCUCUUGCAACAAACAUCCCAACAUACAGAGCCACAAAGAUACAAAGCCACAAAGAUACAUACGCUCACACCACUGAUAUAUGAGCUAUUUUUUCAAAAUAGCUCAAUAAAGCAUCUUAUUUCUAACAGAAUUCUUAACAACUCGGGCAGCAGUCAUUUUAAGUUUUAGCACCCUAAGCGGUACCAAUCCACCAAUUUAAACCCCUAAAAGGUACGACAAGCAUCCAUGUCAAUUUUAUAGGGGAGUACCCCCCUCCCAGGGGGAGCAGUGCACCAGCUCUCAGCAAAUCCAGUUAGCUUGGAUCUAAAAAAUGGGUGCCCUACAACGGUGUAAAUGUGCGUAACGUAUCAAUCCCAGAACGAGAAUUUUUCUCCCAGAAUCCAUAUUUGGCAGUCAAAGACCAAUUCCGGUAGCUCAGUCACCUUAGUGUAUAUCUCCAACAAAAUGAGUCAACAGGUCAACCUGCAGAGUCAGUAAUGUGCCAAUAAAGCAAUAAAAAUGAAAUAUCUCUCAAUUUAAGGAAAGUACCAGGGUUUUGUAGUCCAGCUAGUCCAGCAGAUCGGAUUGCAUGCACUUUGGUACCCGAUUGAAAUGUUUCAACGUUAAACUUCUACAGAACUGAAUUUUAAAACGUUUGCAAAGCAUUUCAGAAGUUGCAGAAUUUUGUGGUCUUUUUUGUUCUGUCGGAAAACCCGUAAGCCAUCCCUCCUUAAAAUACUUCUAAUCCUAUUCCUACGGCUUGUGAUCCCAGAUCCUGCCGCUGUAUUUCCUGAUCACACCCUAAUUUUUACUGUUGACCCCUGAUCCCAUAUACCUCGUUACCACCUUGUUUUAGCGGGAGAGUCUUGUAACUUAGUAAAAAGGGAACAUCUGUAAUAAGCGGGUGUCCAUUCACAAAGCCGCGUUCAACUGUACACUGUACAAAUGUUUGCAUUAAUGAGAUAUUUUAUUAACCCAGGAGCCUACUACUAAUCGUCUAUUGUUCUCACUACGCUUUUCCUUACUUUUGGGAUGACGCAACUUCUGGAAAAGGUCAUGCACGUUAGACGUGCCUGUGUUUACGGUUGGGGGACUAAGUACUCCUCCCUAGGUAACUACUUCAUGUACAUUGAUACAAGCGAAAUCACAGGGAACAGAGUUAGAUCUUGUGGAUUGAUCACAAGUGCUGAACCUCAUUUAAAAAGGUAAGAAAAGCUCCUCAAUACAUGAUAUAUCAUCUUAGAAUGAAUUCAGUGACAGGACUGAUCGACAGUAAAGAAAAAACAGUAUUUUAGAAGCCCAUUAAUGACAGCUUCUUCCCUGGCGGGCGAUUGUACUUGUAGCCUGUACUGCAUAGAUACCAGGACCUGAACAAUCGAUGAAAUCGAUAAUCGAUGGCAAUCGAUAACAAUCGAUGACAAUCGAUAUCAAUUAAUCGACUGAUAUUGAUAAUCGAUGGACAAUCGAUCACUAAAAUUUUUGUGAUUAUUGAUUAUCAUCGAUUAUCAAUAUCAAUCGAUAAUCGAUGGGAAUCGAUCAAUUAACAUAAUAGAUUGUUAUCAAUAUGCAAUAUCAAUCGAUUACCUAUUCAGUCAAACAUUUCAAUUGCCAAUUUCAUCGAGUACUAAUAAAGUUACACAUUACACAUUAACAAUACGCUUAAUCGUGUUUGAACGACGACUGCGUCCCAGGUCAGUUGAAUCUUUGCAAUAAACUCAAAGCGAAAUCGAUCAAGUUUGUACACUGACAACGAGAUAUGUUAAUUGUCUUAAUUAUUUGUGCUGUUUUUCACGGAGCCACAUCGAUGAACAAUUCUCAAACUUUGCUACUGAGGUUUAAAAACAAUGUACGAUCUGUGUACAAUCCCGCGAUACCUGAAGAUACAGAGACAUGAAUAGUGCCAAUCAAUGGUAAUCGAUAAAUUUCGCGACCACCUAAGUGUGAUUAUCGAUUGAUCAUUGAUUGGCCGAUGCCAAUCGAUGCUAAUCAACCGUAAUUAAUCGAUUGUCAUCGAUUGAUCGAUUGAUUUUCCGAUCAUCGAUUUUCAUCGAUUGUUCAGGUCCUGUAGAUACGGGGCGCAGAGGAGUUAUUUGUGACCUUGAUUGCUGUUAAAAUUUACAGUUGAAAGCGCCAAUCGCCUUUGUUUAUACAGGCAUCAAUGUUUGGAAAGAGAGGGGAGCAGAGGGUACGGUAUGGCAUUUGAAAUCUCCCGUGAGGAGACAGAGAAAUUGUUCAAACUGUACAGUAAAAACGCGCAUAUACAUGUAUAAAGAACCUUUGAUUUAAGAACCUGACUAUGAGUGUAAAAAAUGAUAUUAACUCCAUGGUAAGGCAAUUCCUGAAAAAGUAAUUUCUUGGACUUUGUCUCUUUAGCAAAAGUGAUAAUUUGAGUAGACAUUUUACUGACAUUACUGGCAUUUUACUGACAUAAAAUCCAACUAAAAGCUAGCUUAAUCAAUUUUAAGGUGCAAAUUUCCCUUCAAGUAUAAACCUGGCCGAUUUUGAAACUCAAUUUAUAAACCAGAAUUUAUUGAGGUUCCAUUGCAAUAUUAUUAUUGCAAUAAUAAUCAUUUAUCAUCAAUUUAUCAUUUAAUUAUUAAAUGAUAAAUUGAUGAUAAAUGAAGAAGUUUUUUACUUACUGCAUAAUAGUUUAAACUGUGUGAAUUAAAUAACUAAUAUGAAAAACUAACUUGUUUUGUUAAUCGUCAACCGAGAUUUACCGACAACUGACAAAGUAAUGAAAUCUUUACCGACAACCAACAUGUGGACCUGCCCAUUCAGAUCCUUAAUGUUCCAUUUGAUAUCCAGACACCUCGAAGUUGGUGUUAAAAAAAAAACUCGGCUGCGUGUCGUUUUUCAACCCACUUCUCGGUGUCUAAAUAUCGGACGAAACACUCCAUGUUGUUUUUAAUAUAUUACUGCAAAUAUAAUAUGGUUUUAUAAUUUUUACAUAGGGUAUUAUAUGUUAAUCACAUGCCAUCUUGACCCCUCUCACAUUUUCCUUGUUAAAGCCCUUUCCCUUUCUGGAAGGGAUUCUAAUUUAUAAGUAAUUAUUAGAGACAAUUAACUUUCUCUUAAUAUAUUCUAUACGUUUGUAAAUUACCUUAUUAUAUGCUGUACCUUAUUUAUAUGAGUAUAUGUAAUAGCUAUAAUAAUAAUGAAAUCUAAUGUAAAGAGAAAGUCUCACCUGUAGGCCUUUAUGGCCUUCCUUGCCUUUUGAGAUUCUUUUCAGUUUCGGAAUGUGUAUAUUUUGUGUAAUUUAUUGUUUUUCGCCUUUUAUUUAUAUGUAAAAAAGGUAUUUUAAAAAAUCUAUAAACCAAUAAGAAGACAAACCUUCCCUUCCAAACAUUGAGGGUGUGCCAAAACCUAUGUCCGAUUGUCUGGGACAGGUACAAAUGUAGUUCAGACAUGUCAACCUUUGUCAUGACUUGUCCAUGGGACAAACACAUUGUUAACUAGAAAAAUCACAGAAACAGUUAAGAAUUGACUUCAAAUUGCAGUAGAAUUAGUGGUCCUACCCCUAACAUUUGCUAUGCAAGCUUUGCCUGUUUUCGGGAGAUUUUGGCAGCCACAAUUGACUAUGUGCUAUUAUGCACUAAUUCCAUUGUCUUCUUUUGUUUACUUGUAGCUAUUUCGCACUUGUAGGUAUUACUUGUUUCACGGGUCAAGUAAAAUCACUCUAGUACCUCUUUACUCUAUCUUAAUUCAAUGUGUUAAGAAAGUUGAAUAAUAUUAUGUUUAUUUUUUGUUGAAAGGGUGUAAAGGAAACUAGACUGCGAGCAGUCUCUUGUUUUUCUUUGUAAAGUUACUGCACACGAAACCUAAGCACAUGAGCGGCGAAGUCGGGAGCCGUGAGAAACGAGGGCGUAAGCCUGAGAAGAAAAAAUCCGUCUUUUGUCGUCUCGUCUCUGUAAUAAUAACGUCAUAGUUUGCAAUCGCGCUGGAUGAGGUAAGAACUAGACGGAUUUUAAGAGAAAAGGUGGACUGCAAGCAGUCCAAAAGGAAACUGCAGUCCAUGUUUUUAAUGAGUAAACACUGCAGUAAGUGUUUCGUAAAGCAUUAGAUGUAAGGAGACCUAUAAUUUGUUGUCGUUUGACCGGGUGUAGAGACCAUAUUGAGUCACAACUUCCAACGGGCAAUUAGAUGUGCAUAUAAAUAACACCACAGACAAUGCAUUUCCUUGUUGAGCCAUUGACUGAAAAAACGCGGCUCAGUCAGGUUUAAAUAAUGUAUUUUAAACAUGGUUAAGCUGUUGUUUAUUGAGACACCUAGACCAUGGCUAGGCCUUAAACACAUGUUAACUUUGACUUCGUUUAAGUAAUCUCCCCAUUAUUGUAAGGAUUGUCGAUAUGUCAGGGCAGUGUCUCUUUAAACUAUCUGGAUCAGAAAGGCAUAACCCAUUAUGAGUUUCUGGCUGGAUUUAAUUGAAUAAAAAGGUUAAAUAAUGUCUUUUUUAUGUUAAAAGGGUGCAAAGGAAGCUGCAGUUCAUGUCUUUUAAGUGUAAACAUUGUGCCAAGUGUUUUAGCCGAGCAGGACACCUAAGGAUUCAUGAGAGAUUUCACACUGGGGAAAAGCCUUAUGACUGUAAACAGUGUGGCAAGUGUUUUAGCCAAGCAGGAGGCCUAAGGAGACAUGAAAGAGUUCAUUCUGGGGAAAAGCCUUAUGAAUGUAAACAGUGUGGCAAGUGUUUUAGCCAAGCAGGAGACCUAAGGAGGCAUGAAAGAGUUCACACUGGGGAAAAGCCUUUUAAAUGUAAACAGUGUGGCAAGUGUUUUAGCCAAGCAAGAGACCUAAGGAUUCAUGAGAUAUUUCACACUGGGAAAAAGCCUUAUGACUGUAACCAGUGUGGCAAGUGUUUUAGUGAAGCAGGAGACCUAAGGAGACAUGAAAGAGUUCACACUGGAGAAAAGCCUUAUGAAUGUAAACAGUGUGGCAAGUGUUUUAGCCGAGCAGGAGACCUAAGGAUUCACAAAAGAGUUCACACUGGGGAAAAGCCCUAUGAAUGUAAACAAUGUGGCAAGUGUUUUAGCAUCAUAGGAAACCUAAGGAUUCAUGAAAGAGUUCACACUGGGGAAAAGCCUUUUGAAUGUAAACAGUGUGGCAAGUGUUUUAGCCAAGCAAAAGCUCUAAGAGUUCAUGGAAGAGUUCACACUGGGGAAAAGCCUUUUGAAUGUAAACAGUGUGGCAAGUGUUUUAGCGGAGCAGGAGUUCUAAGGAUUCAUGAAAGAGUUCACACUGGGGAAAAGCCCUAUGAAUGUAAACAAUGUGGCAAGUGUUUUAGCCUCAUAGGAAACCUAAGGAUUCACAAAAGAGUUCACACUGGGGAAAAGCCUUAUGAAUGUAAACAGUGUGGUAAGUGUUUUAGCCGAGCAGGAGUUCUAAGGAUUCAUGAAAGAGUUCACACUGGGGAAAAGCCUUUUGAAUGUAAACAGUGUGGCAAAUGUUUUAGUGUAGCAGGAAACUUAAGGAUUCAUGAAAGAAUUCACACUGGGGAAAAGCCCUAUGAAUGUAAACAGUGUGGAAGAUGUUUUAGCCGAACAGACAUUCUAAAAAGUCAUGAAAGGGUCCACACUGGCAAAAGGCCUUUCAAAUGUAAACAUUGUGGCAAGUGUUUCACUCAUCUAAGAGUUUUUAAGAGGCAUGAAGAAGUCCACAUUAGAAAAAUGUUGCAUAAAUGUGACAGUAGCAAAGGUCCAUGUAAACGUGUGCUUCGUAAUCGUAAGAGAGCAGGAAGUAAUAUAAGGGCAGGAUUGACCACCAGCACACUGUCACAGAGAGAGACUAGAAACAGUAGUAUAAAAGACCAGCAACUGGACAUUACUGAGAAACACAGCUGUUGGAUUUGUCAAGAGGAGAUGAGAAGUGAAUCUCUUCUUCUUCAACAUUAUGAAAACCAUAUGAGGCAUGUAGCUGAAGAUGGCUUGUAAAGACUUCGGUCUUAAGCUUUUGUUAAGUCUUAUUUCUAUUUUUUUGAGGUUUUGUCUUUUAAUUGUAAGAUACAGUAAGGAUGACUUCGUUUGUUGCUAGAUCAAUCGUUCCAGGGAAGAUUAAUCUGUUUUGUUUAAAAAUUCAACUUUUUUUUCUGUCAGGCGGGUUUGUAAAUAGACAUUGAUAAGUAGACAGUGCGUUUUCUGAAAAUGGACAGAGCAGUUCUUUGUUGAUCGUUUUCUUUUAUAUAAAGAAAAUGAAGGAAUUUAAUGCUGAAGGUCCCUUUUCUACAGAUGUUCCCGCUGUGCAUUUUAAUAGUUCUAGCAAUAAUUAAGAAAUAGCGUCUUCUUCCCUCCGCCUGGCCUCUGUGCAACAAAAAGAAGCCUCUGCACCAUAAGUGACCUACAAAUUCUCCAGACUGUUCUAUAUACAUUUUCUUCGUUAAUUGGUGGGAAGAAUUUGAUAAAGGAUCAAUGCAUUUCCCCUUUAAUGAUAAUUUAACCAGUUUUCGUAAGCUUUUCCCUUGAUUAUGUACUAAUUUUGUUUGGAGAAGGUUUAUGUUGCUCACUCUUGUGACUUAAAGGGUUAUAUUUAUUUUAAACCCAAUGGUUUAUUUGUAUUAUUGCGCAUUUCCCUGGUCCCUCAAAUUUACAGUGUAACACCCUCAGGUCGUUCAGUGAAAUAAGAAUCGAUAACGUCAGGCGAAGUUUCGAGUUAUUUUUUCGGUGGCUUUCGUUUAGACUCAACUUUACAAUCUUUACUUUACAUCCUUCAAGUUUCUCUAAAUUUAACGCGCCAAAACGGCAAUAAGGGAUAAAUUUUUUUUUUCAAUUAACCCAGUCGCUUAGAAGGGUGACCUCCCUUUAGUAAUAGAGAAAAAAAAACUGAGUUGCCAAAAUUUGGGGUUGGGGGUGGGGCUGCCGUUCCCCGGCCCGUACGCCUAUGUGCUCAUAUUAAAGCGAUGUUAUUCUUCUAAGUGAAUUUGUUCAUUUAGCAGUGCCCGGGGGCAUCCUCGGAUACCCAGGGGCAGAUAGUGGGGGCGAGGGAAAGUCUAAACGGGCGGAAAAAUAUGGCACAAAAGAAAAGUAAAGAACGGCCAGAAGAGCCCCUGGUGACAAUGUCUUACCAGACCACUUCCAAACGGUCGCCGCCGUUCUGGCUUCUGAUUGGUGCAAGAAAACUUGUGUUUUUCUGGUGCCAAUCGGAAGCCAGAACGGCGGCGACCGUUUGGAACUGGUCUGGUAAGACAUUGUCCCCAGGGGCUCUUCCCGCCGUUCUUUACUUUUCUUCGUGCCUUAUUUUUCCGCCCGUUUAGACUUUCCCUCGCCCCCACUAUCUGCCCCUGGGUCUCCGAGGAUGUGCGGGGGGUACUCCCCUAUAAAAUUAAGUUGACGGGGUUGCUCGUCGAAAAAUUUCGAGAACACCCCUAAAAGGUACCAGAACAUUGUUUAAUGGGCCUGUCCCAAAUUCAUUUCCACCUCUAUAAGGUAACAAUUCAACAACAACAAAUUAUAUUACUGGCACUGCAAAUUUUAAUAGUGAUAAAGAUAACUUUCCAACACUUUCUUCUCAAGCACUUUUUGAAAAUAUUGUUAAACAUCUUUAUCCUAAUCAUAAUAAAGCAUAUUAUUUCUGACAGAAUUUCGAGUUAACAACUCUGGCAGCAGUCAUUUUAAGUUUUGGCACCCUAAGCGGUACCAAUCCACCAAUUUAAACCCCUAAGGGACUGGUCAAAAAGUAUAGGGGGGGGGGGCCGGAGCAUUUGGAAAUACGGUUGAUAAAAAACACAUGACCCACCCCCUCCCUUCGGCACAAAAAUGACUGACCCACCCCUAAAGCAAGGUUGGAAAUUGCAUGACCCACCCCCUAGUUAAAACAUGGAUGUUCGGUUUCCUCUUAAUAAUCCAAUAAAACCUUGUUCUGUGCUUUACAAAAUUUGUUGAUACACUGCUACAAGCAAUAUCAAAAUCACAGAAAUCAUACCUUUCACUAAAAAGACAAAUGUGAAAAACCGAACAUUUCUUGUUUCAAGGGACGUUAUGAGUCUUGACACAAAUAUACAGCAAAACGAGGGUAUAUUGAAUUUAUCUGUCACAAAGCAUAUGAAAAUUUCAACAAAGACAACCCAUUCCCACACAUUACUUGCCGGAAAUGCUUAGAUUAAUCCUCAACGAAAAUUUCUUCCACUUCAGUGGAAAGCAAUACCGUGCUACAAAACCAUGGAACUGCAAUGGGCACAAAGACAGCAGUUUGGAUUCUUUUGCCGAUAUUUUCAUGACAUAUAUUGAAACAACAACUCUAAGCAAAACUGUCUUUAGAACAACAGUUUGGAAAUGCCACGUACACGAUAUCUUUGCCCUAUGGGACAUGAGUAAACCAGACAUCGAAGCCUUCAUUGAACAAGCAACCUUACAUCACCUAACUAUUGAAUUCACGGCCGAAACAUUUGACACUGAGACUGCGUUUUUAGACACUGUUGUAUACAAAGGCACAAGAUUCAAGGAAAAUCUAUCCUUGAUGCAAAGACACAUUUUAAACAAACGGAAAGCUUCUUGCACACACAUUUCACCUCGUGUCACCCUCCAAAUGUUAAAAAAGAAUUUGUCAAAGGAGAAGCCUUAAGAAUCCUACGAAAAAACUCCUCAGAAACAACCUUUGAGGAAAAUAAUUCAAAUUUAAAAAAAAACGCUUGACGGACGGAGGCUACCCACAAUCUUUCAGGGGCACCCAACGUCAAUUUUCGGAAAAUAUUUGUUCGAAAGACGAUUUGAGAUCUAGAAUUUUCGGAACAUUUGUUGUAAAAUUUCUUGCUUGUCUGCCUCUCCUAGGAUUUUCGAACAUCUAAAAAAAUGGUAUAAUUGCCCAUUUUUAACGGAUUUUUACCCUAAGGUCACCUAGAAUUUUCGAGAGCCUUUUUUCUGGCUGAAAUUUUCGAAAAGUUAAGCUUUGAUCCCUAUAAUUUUCGUAUCACUAGACUUUCAGCUAGGAGAUCCGAACAGAUGAAAAAUUUUUAGGGGAUAAAAAUAUGCCUAUAUCUACUCUUUAAAUACCAAAAUACGUUUAACAAUGCUAUGUUUAAGUGGUUUUGAACCAUAUUCUCGUUGGGUGCCCCCUAUCUUUGAUAGGAAACCUACUAUCAGAAAUAAAAUUCACAAAAGGGAGUCUAAACUUGUAAAACAAAACGACAAGGAGGAAAAAGAAAUAUUGCCAUUCGUGACACAAUACCAGCCCUCAGUGUAGAUACUAUAAAGGAAGCUUGAAUGAAAAAAUGGAAUCUUAUACAAAACCAACUAUACCUUCAAUAAAUUUUAAAAGAACCCCCAAUCAUUUCCUCACAAAAAAGGAAAAUUGUUAACGGAACAUGCUCGUUAGAGCCGAAAAAAAAAAAAGGUUGACAGAGGGUUCCACGCCCGUAUAGAUGUGCGGCCUGUCAACCUUUGUAUUUUCUCGCACAAAAGGGUUGUGAGUAUUUUAGCAAUAACUCCAGCUGGCUGUGUUUUAUAUAACAAGUGUAGUCAACUUUCUCGUUAGUAGUUAGUAAAAAAUAGGUU